GUCGCAAAAGUAGAUGACAGAACGCGCACUUCGUAAAAAAAAAAAAAACUACAGGCCAGCGUUUUGCUUAGAGACCUGGGAGGUUGUGCCCUCAUGUAUUGUACUGUAAGCUCCUGUAAAGAAAGUAACCAAUGGCGGAAACGAAAGUGGACUGUUCUCCUAAGAGAGCGCGUUUCUUCUGCACCGCAGGUCGGGGCUUGGAGCGAUUCGUGACCGAGGAGGUGACACGAAAAGCUUCCGCUGUAGAUGUAAGCAAGCUAGAUACACUUAAUUUAAGGCAACAUUGAUCUUUUUGUUACGUGUCAGCGCGUUUGGCGCCAUCAUGAGUGAGGGCAAUGUUCUGCUUUGAGCAUAGCGUGAAGAUAGUGUUAAAUUACAGUGUGUUGCCAGAAAGUCUCUCUUUAUAUAGCAAAUAGCCGACCCCUAUGAGUAUAAGAUUUAGUUUAAGGAACAUAAUCACAACAGUGCACUGUGGUGAUUAUGGUGCCAGGUGUUUUCUAGCACAGCCUCAUGGUAAGCAGUUUGCAUUUGUUUGGACCUCCAUGGAAUGUAUUUGUUAAUCCCAGGAGAUAAGGGGGGUGUUUAUUAACACAGCCUCCCUACAUCCUGACACUUAGUCCUCAUGCAUUGUCACCCCUUACACACUGCUGCAGUCCCUCACUUCUCCAAAAUUGACACAUUCCCCAUCCCUCUCACUCUGCCAAACUAACCCUGUCACACUCACCCCCCGAACGCAGCCACACUCAAUCCCCUUACCUUGCCACACUCGUGCCCCAUGUCAUGCCACAUUUACCCACCCACUCCCUGCCAAAGUUACCCCCCUACUCACCAUAUCACAGUCACCCUCUGAAAUUAGUAAUUAUUAUACACCAUCACCUCCCAAACAUAAAACACACAAUGCAAGCACAACUACCACAUAAACAUAUGCUCACAGACAUACACAAAAGUACAAACACAUAUUCACCCACAAGAAUACUCGGGGACAUAUAUGAAUAUAUUUUGCUAGAGACACAGAAACACUCAGCUCUUCCACAAUCACUCUCACCCCACACACAAAAAAACAGGGAUCUAUGAGGGGGGUCCAAACUGGCACCCUGCCUAGAGAUUGUAGACAUUAAAGGACCACUAUAGGCACCCAGACUACUUCAGUUUAAUGAAGUGGUCUGGGUGCCAGGUCCAGCUAGGGCUAACCCCUUUUUUUUUUUUUAUAAACAGCAGUUUCAGAGAAACUGCUAUGUUUAUGUUAGGGUUAAUCCAGCCUCUAGCGGCUGUCUCUUGACAGCCGCUAGAGGCGCUUGCGUGCUUCUCACUGUGAAAAUCACAGUGAGAAGACGCCAGCGUCCAUAGGAAAGCAUUGUAAAUGCUUUUCUAUGAGACUGGCUGAAUGCGUGCGCAGCUCCUGCCGUGCAUGCGCAUUCAGCCGAAGGGGAGGAGAGCUCCCCGCCUGGCGCUGGAGAAAGAGGUAAGUUUAACCCCUUCCUCUCCCCAGAGCCCGGCGGGAGGGGGACCCUGAGGGUGGGGGCACCCUCAGGGCACUAUAGUGCCAGGAAAAAAAGUAUGUUUUCUGGGCACUAUCGUGGUCCUUUAAUCUGGCUCUGUUGCCACUGGGUAGUUUGUUUUAUUCUUUUAGCCUUGCUGUGAGCAAGCAGCAGAGCUGCCUUGGGGGAGGGGAGGUCAGAGCUUGUAGCGUGAAGUUUUAAGCCCUGUCCGGCACUGAGAGUAAUUGCUCCCUUGCAGUCUUGCACUCUCUAGUGAGUCCGAGUGAGGUCGCCAGAUGUUCUAAUCUUACACUCUGACUCGCUGAGUACCAAUCUGCGAGGGAGUGAUUUACUAAUGUCCGAGUGCCAACCGCACACUCACCCCCAGGGAGUCUGACAGAAUAGCCCAUCCUCCCUUGAAGAAAGCCAAGCAGGAGGGACUACACAGAGCACAACCACACACAUUACAUAAAGCCACCACUCACAUCACAUACAGCCAGUGCACAAUGCACACACACGACAUACAGCUUGUAUUUUUUUUAUUAGUUUUUAUGGUAAACAUAUGUAAUAGAUGGGUGCAGCGAGAGGUGCAAUUUCAGUGCUUGCCAUAGUCCCCAUUUUCAUUUGAUAUGCCACUUCCUGCUUUUCAGGCACGAGUGCCCACUUUGGGUAUCAUCAGUGAGGCUAGUUGUAUCACUAGCAAACCUCCUCUAGGUUCAACCAUGUCUAUCAUGUUUUCAUACCUCCAGAAGUUGGGCUCUACUGCCUCUGUUUGAGCUGGGAUAUAAUUCAAUGGCUAAGAGUGUUAACUGAGACACACUAUUUGAAUGUGUUAACAGUUAAAACAAUAUUGCUGAACAAAGGAGAAUAACACUGAUCUGCCACAACAUUAACCCCUUAAGGACUGGACUGUUUUUGCGAUGUUGUACAUUUGCGACCAGGAAUAUUUUUACACUUUUGUGGUGUUUGUGUUUGGCUGGAAUUUUCCGCUCUCUCAUUUACUGUUCCCAUACAAAUUAUAUAUUGUUUUUUCAGGACAAAAGGGGCUUUCUUUACAUACCAUUAUUUAUAUAAUCUCAUGUAUUUUAAUUUAAAAAAAAUAAAAAAAUAUGAUGAAAAAUUGAAAAAAAUACAUGUUUUUUGACUUUUACUUGAAAAUCUUUUACUCAUCUACAAAAGCGAAUGAAAAAAACUGCUAAAUAGAUUCAAAAUUUUGUCCUGAGUUUAAAAAUACCUAAUGUUUACGUGCUUUUUUUUGCAUGUUAUAGGGCUAUAGGUACAAGUAGGAUAUUGCGGUUUCAAAACAUACAUUUUUAAAAUUUAUCAAUAGUGACAUUGUAACACUAUUAUCUGUCAUAAAUUUCUGAAUAACACCCCACAUGUACAUAUUUUUUUUAAAGUAGACAACCCAGGGUAUUCAAUAUGGGGUAUGUCCAGUCUUUUUUAGUAGCCACUUAGUCGAAAACACUGGCCAAAGUAAGCAUUCAUAUUUGUUUGUGUGUGAAAAAAGUAAAAAAACUAAAUUGAACGCUAAUUUUGGCCAGUGUUUGUGACCAAGUGGUUACUAAAAAAGACUGGACAUACCCCAUUUGCAAUACCUUGGGUUGUCUUCUUUUGCAAAUGGUAUGCCAUCAUGUGGGUAAUUCUCAUUCCUGGGCUACCAUACGCUCUCAAAGGCAACGUAACCAACCUGGCCAUUUUCAAUGUAAAAAUAUUUGACCCAUAUAUUUGACCUUGUAACUUUCAAAAAUGCUAUAAAACCUGUACAUGGGGGGUACUGUUUUACUCGGGAGACAUCGCUGAACACAAAUAUUAGUGUUUAAAAACUGGAAAACGUAUCACAACAAUUAUAUCAUCAGUAAAACUGCUGUUUGUGUGUGAAAAAUGCAAAAAAAGUAACUUUCACUGAAAAUAUCAUCGCUGUGAUAUGUUUUACUGUUGUGAAUCACUAAUAUUUGUGUUCAGCGAAGUCUCCCGAGUAAAACAGUACCCCCCAUGUACAGGUUUUAGGGUGUCGUAGAACGUUACAGGGUAAAAUACAGUGCUAGCAAAUUAAAUUCUCUGGAAUUUCGGCCUGGGUUGGCAGGCAGGUCCCUCAAAUUGCAAUCAAUAAAAUUACUUAAUUAUGUAAAAAUAUUACAUAAAUACGCACGUAGAAUUUAAAUAUAUAUGCAUAUUUAUAUAUUUGAAGUCUACGUGUAUAUUUAUAUAAUUAUUUAUGUAAUUUUGUAUAUGGACGUAUGUAUAUUUCUUAUUAUUUUUAUUUAUUUUUAUAUACAUAGAUAUAUAUAUACAAAUUCAUUCUAAGUGUAUUUUGAUAUAAAUAUAUAUAUAUUAAUUUUAAAAUACAGUUAGAAUAAAAUUUCAUAUAGUUAUAUAAUUUUUUUAAAUUUUUUUAUUAUUUUUAAAAAAUUAUUUAAUUUAAAUUACUUAUUAUUUAUAUUUUAUAAUAAUAUAUAUAUACAAUAUAUAUAGUUAUUAUAUAUAUUAUAUAUAUACGUGUGUAAUUUAAUUAUAAGUGUAUUUUUAUAUUAAUAUAAGUACAUAUUAAUAUAAAAAUACACUUAGUAUGACAUUAUAUAUAUGAUAUAUAGACAUAUAUUAUAUAGAUAUAAUAUAUGUCUAUAUAUCAUAUAUACACAUAUAUAAUUAUUUUAUUUUUUUUAAUUAACACUAACUUUAUUUUUUUUUUCUGAUUUUACACAAGCAGGGAGACUGCCUGUCAGCACAGACAGUCCCCCUGCAGGCAGACACUAGGACACCUAUUGUGACCAUGUGAUCGCUGUGUUAAGCGAUCACAUGGCCACAGGGGUCCUAAUCUGCCGUGGGGAGACUGUCUGGGCUGCAGGCAGUCUCCCCACACCGGGAGCAACGCUGAUCGCCGCCAGGGGAACGACGGCGAUCAGGUAAGUACCCCCAGACCGUUAGGACGGUUCAGGACCGUCAUCGGUCGGCAAGGCAAAAAUGCCUUAAGGGGUUAAAUUCACCUGCCUAAUAUCAUGUAGGUUGUGCUUCCAAAACAGCUCUGAUGCGUCGAGGCAUGGACUCCACAAGACCUGUGAACGUGUCCUGUGGUAUCUGGCACCGAGACAUAAACAGCAGAUCCUGUAAGUCCUGCAAGUUGCGAGGUUGAGUAUCCAUGGAUCGGAGUUGUUGUUCCAGCACAUCCCACAGAUGCUCAAUAGGAUUGAGAUUAGAAAAAUCUGAAAACCAAGGCAACACAUUGAACUCUUUGUCAUGUUCCUCAAAAAGAAUCCUGAACAAUUUUUACAGUGUAGCAGGAUUCUUUAACCUGCUAAAAUAGGCAAUACCAUUGCCAUGGAAGGGUGUAUGUAGUCUGCAAUAAUCACUAGGUUAUUGGUACAUGUCAAAGUAACAUCCACAUGAAUGCCAGGACCCAAGGUUUCCCAGCAGAACAUUGCCCAAAGCAUAACACUGUAUCAGUCGGGCUGCCUACUUCCUAUAGUGCAUUGUGCUGCCAUCUCUUUCCCAAAUAAAUUACUUGCAUGCACCCAUCCAUAAACCUGAUCUAAAAGAAAACUUGAUUUAUCAGACCUGGCAACCUUCUUCCAUUUCUUAAAGGGACACUCCAGGCACCCAAACCACUUCUGCCCAUUGGAGUGGUCUUGGUGCCAACUCCCACUACCCUUAACCCUGCAACUGUAUUUAUUGCAGUUUUUUAUAAACUGCAAUAAUUACCUUGCAGGUUUAACUCCACCUCUAGUGGCUGUCUACUAGACAGCCACUAGAGGGCACUUCCAUGUCUCUAGCACAGAUUUUCACCGGCCGACGUAAUGCAGAGGAGGAGCGGCGGUCUCAGGUAAGUGACUGAAGGGUUUUUCACCCCUUCAGCAACCGGGGAUUGGGAGGUGGGAGGGAGAGGGGACCUGCAGUGCCAGGAAAACGGAUUGUUUUCCUGGCACUGGAGAGUCCCUUUAAUGGUCUAGUUCUGACACCCACGUUCCUAUUGAAGGCACUUUUGGCAGCAGACAGGGCUCAUCGUGGGUACUCCGUAUGCUGAUAUGCAGCCCCAUCUGCAGCAAACUGUGUGUUCUGACACCUUUCUGUCAUGGCCAGCAUUAUACAAACAUUAUAGGGUUAGGAAUACAAACGUAUUCCUGACCCUAUGGUGUUAAAAACACAAUUUAGCCCCCUGGCCCCGCUUGUCCCCCUUGAAUAAGUAGUUUACUUACCUUUAUUCCAGCCCCACGCAUGUCUGCUGGCCCCGCUUCAGAUCUGCCUCCUUGGCAUCAGAAUUGACAAUUCCUAUGGGAAAGCAUUGGAUUGCCUGAGAUCGUGAAUUCCGAUGAUGGAAACGCCGACCAUUAGUGCUGCAUGUUGUGCAACACUGACCCAGGGAGCAACUCUAGUGGAAGACUUUGUGAAUUCCACUGGUGGUGUCCCUAGGGAACAAUGUAAGAAAAGGCAGUGUUUACAUGAACAUGCCUGCAGCUACAGGCUAUACUCACCAGAACAACUACAUUAAGCAGUAGUUGUUCAGGUGACAAUAGUCCCUUUAAGUUUUUCAGCAACUUGAGCUACAGUAGCUGCUCUGUGUGAUCAUACAAGACGGGCUAGCCUUUUCUCCCCACAUGCAUCAAUGAGCUUUGGGCGCCCAAUGCAUACUAACCAUUGCAUUCCGGGAUAACCUCCGUUUGGAGAUGCUCUGACCUAGACUGCUGCCUGUUCUAUUCCACAAUAUUGACUUCACCUGUCAGUGGUUUUACUGUUGUGGCUGGUCAGUGUAUACCUAUAUAAAUGAGAGGAAUAGGACACGGAAGUGGGGAGUGGUUGCACUAAAAUGGGCCCACAAGAAGAAGCUUAAUGGGCCCACAAGAAGAAGCUUUCACAGGGCCCCACUGCUGCUUCCACUUUUGGGGUGUUUGUAUUUAAAAAAAAAAACAACAUUACAAGGUGAUUUUUUUUUUUUUAUUUUUUUUAAAGGAAGCACGUAAACAGGGUAAUAUAGUAAAAAUUACAUUUUUCUGAAUGAGCAGAAUCCAGUGAAAAUAGCUGUAUUCUGACCGAAAUGCCAGUUCUCAUAUUUAUUAAAGCCAAAUCCAGUUGCAAUUCUUUCCAUCUGACCGGAUCUGAUGCAUUAAGUGUCUGUAUUAAAAUUAGUGUUUUCACAUCCGAACCUUAUACAAUAUAUAGGAUUCUGACUAUUCACUGUUAAGACCUGCAGUGGUUAUGGUACUGCGGUCUUCUAUUCCUUUCCCAAUAGCUGAGCAUAAAUGAUUAUAACUGCAGUUAGGAGGUAGAGGAAUAGUGUAGAUGAAUGUAGCUUCCAAGACGAUUCUCCCUAGCAAGUAGAAUACUCCCCAAGCAUUAGCCUAGACUUCAUGAAGGGGGUAACAGGAAUAGCUUUUAUUGAUGCCACACUGGCUUUUAUUAGAAUCCUCCCGCAAGAGGACCUCCCACAGUAAACAAAGACAAUAACCAAUCAGCAUACAGAUUUACAGUAACACCCGCCCUCUCUCUGCCUGGGAGAUAGUGAGAUAAGUUAAGGAAUAACCCAAUCAUCUCCAGGCAGAGGGCACACAAUUUUCCCCAAAAAUUAGAACACCCCUUUACACACAAGGUAUCCCCACAAAUUACAUAUCCCCUGAUAGCCCCGAUCUGGGGGACCAACAUAUUAAAAUUUUACCCAGAUCGGUUCAGGGGUUCUCAAAAAGUAUGGAAGUCAUAAGUUACUGACCACACACGAGGCUCCUGCCCAAAACCGUUCCACGAAUUCAGCGAGUGCGGUUGGUCAAUUCAGUAAAUGGCAUAAAAACGAAUAAAGUCCCGAAUGGAUCCUCCUGGCUCGUAGGAGCUAUUGCUCCCCUUGUUCAUAUGUACCAAACUACUGAAUGGUGCUCUCCUGGCUGUUCAGCAACUAAAGGAAGCAGGCGUUCGUAUGUUUCAGCGGUGGUUCGGGAGGUAGAGUGUCCGAUUUUAGUUCCAGACACUCGACGACCAAGUCCCGCUGCCUCCUUUCGUGCAAACAAGAUGGCCGCCGUUUUCUGUUCCAUGUGGCAUUCGGCUAUACGAAUGGCGGCCGCCCAGAGAGCGCUUAAUAGACGGUUCUUUUUGAAGUUAAUGAGGAGGGUGGUCAGUGUUCGGUAGUUUUAAACUGCCGAACCAAUAAAUCCAAAAUGAACGAAAAGUUGCAGAAAAACACGAACACAGAAGAAAAUGCCGAAACUCAGUCUAUUUUCUUAACAUUCACAAAGCACCAAGAUGCAUUGCUUCCGGAAGGAUGCACGUCCGCAAAUUAUAGCUUAUUUUAGCUAAUUUCAAGUAUUAUUUACCUGCUGGCAGCAUGAACUAUGUGGUGGCUACUCGUGUGUGCAUAUCUACUAUGCAUGUAAGACUAGCGACUGGGCAGCCAUGGGGUUGGUGCCAGUAAAAUAACAGGUGGGAGGCAUAGCAGGUGAUGUAAAUACUGUUAUAUACAACAGUUCCACUCUAUCAUGACAGAAGUCUAUAUUUUUUAUUUAUAUUUGCAUUAUUUUUGUAUUGCUUUAUCUAUAUAACAAAUUUAAAAAGGUAUCCAUCUACCUCUAUAGUUUCUCUUUAAUAAUGGAUAUUGUGCUGCUUUCCAGGGCUUGCAAAUAAGGCUGAUGCCUUAAGGUGGCACUGUUGCAUCAAACAUUGUAUGACAAAUAUUACUAAGUUAUACAAUGUAUUUAUAAGAUACUUUACGGUAUACUGUUUUUAUAUAUUUGAGAACCUUUAAAAAAGUGUAUAUAUUUUUUUUAUUUUAUCAAACGCAAGCCACUAAAGCCAAAAGUUUAAAUUGCUUUUAUAGAUUAAAAGGGGAGUCUAAGCACAAUAAUCAGUAUAUGCUGUUUGGUUAUGAUGCUGAGGCCCUUGUGAUUCUUUGUUAAACUAAUUUGCAUAUGCCCACCCAGAAUUCUUUGCGGUAGUAAUAUCACUGCAAAUUUGUGAUUUCUGUGGAAAAAGCAAAUCUUAUGGCUUCACUGGUGUGCAGAUUUUUGUUUAACAUUGUACUAACUAUAUAUAAUAAAAAUAAAUAAAAAUGAUGUGUGCAAUUUUGUUCUAACUGUAUUUUGAUAUUAAUAUGUAUUGAUAUCAAAAUACACUUGGAACAAAAUUUUAUAUAUCUAUCUAUAUCUACACUGAGCAAAAUUCUAAACGCAACACUUUUAUUUUUGCUCCCAUUUUUCAUGAGCUGAACACAAAGAUCUAAGACUUUUUCUAUGUACACAAAAGGCCUAUUUCUCUCAAAUAUGGUUCACAAAUCUGUCUAAAUCUUUAUUAGUGAGCACUUCUCCUUUGCCGAGAUAAUCCAUCCACCUCACAGGUGUGACAUAUCAAGAUGCUGAUUAGACAGCAUGAUUAUUGCACAGGUGUGCCUUAGGCUCGCCAUAAAAACAGGACACUCAAAACCGUGCAGUUUUACUGUAUUGACAUCAGCAAACCGCUCACCUACACGCUGUCUGCCAUCUGCCGUGUACAGUAAAAACCAGGAUUCAUCCGUGAAGAGAACACCUCUCCAAAGUGCCAGACGCCAUCAAGUCGGUUUCGACUUCGAACUGCUGUCAGAUCGAGACCCCUAUGAGGACAAUGAGCAUACAGAUGAGUUUCCCUGAGACGGUUUGUGCAGAAAUUCUUUGGUUAUGCAAACCAAUUGUUGCAGCAGCUGUCCGGGUGGCUGGUCUCAGACGAUCUUGGAGGUAAAUAUGCUGGAUGUGGAGCUCCUGGGCUGGUGUGGUUACAAAUGGUCUGCGGCUGUGAGGCCGUUUGGAUGUACAGCCAAAUUCUUCAUCCCUGUGUGCUGGGUCACGUGACCAGGUUCGCCACACAUCUAAGGAAGCCUUGAAGUGUGCAGCGUCAGAAACCCUGUCAGUCUGGGGAGUGGCGGUGGGAACAGCAACAAGCUGCGGACAGGGACUGGAAGACGCCACUCGCGGUGAUGGGAUAAGCAAGGACGUCGCGAGCGGCGUGGGGGCAGGGGACCAGACAAUGAAAAAUGGGGGCAAAGACAAAAGUGUUGCGUUUAUAAUUUUGUUCAGUGUAUAUAAACACUAUCUCACAAAAGUGAGUACACAUUUUUGUAAAUAUUUUAUUAUAUCUUUUCAUGUAACAACACUGAAGAAAUGACACUCUGCUACAAUGUAAAGUAGUUAGUGUACAGCCUAUAUAACAGUGUAAAUUUGCUUCCCCUCAAAAUAACGUUAGCAACAAAAGUGAGUACACCCCUAAAUGGAAAUAUCCAAAUUGAGCCCAAAGUGUCUAUUUUGUGUGGCCAUUAUUUUCCAGCACAGCUUUAACCCUCAUGGGCAUGGAGUUCACCAGAGCUUCACAGGUUGCCACUGGAGUCCUCUUCCACUCCUCCAUGACGGCAUCACAGAGCUAGUGGAUGUUACAGACCUUGUAUAUCCCUACUUUCCGUUUGGGGAUGCCCCACAGAUGAUCAGGAGGGUUUAGGUCUGGAGACUUGUUUGGUCAGUCCAUCACCUUUACAUUCAGCUUCUUUAGCAAGGCAGUGGUCGUCUUGGCGGUGUAUUUGGGGUCGUUAUCAUGUUGGAAUACUGCCCUGAGGCCCAGUCUCUGAAGGAAGGGGAUCAUGCUCUAUAUCUCACAGUACAUGUUGGCAUUCAUGGUUCCCUUAAUGAACUGUAGCUCCCUGGUGCCGGCAGCACUCAUGCAGGCCCAGACUAUGACACUCCCACCAUCAUGCUUGACUGUAGGCAAGACACACUUGUCUUUGUACUCCUCACCUGGUUGCCGCGACACACGCUUGACACCAUCUCAACCUAAUAAGUUUAUCUUGGUCUCAUCGGACCACAGGACAUGGUUCCAGUAAUCAAUGUCCUUAGUCUUCUUGUCUUAAGCAAACUGUUUGCAGGCUUUCUUGGGCAUCAUCUUUAGAAGAGGCUUCUGUGACGAGACCAAUCUCGCCACAUUGCUUUGGAGAAGCCUGGUUGCUCGCCUGUUGCCUUUGGAUUAUGGCCCCAUGUUAAAAGGCUUGAUUUUCCCCUGCAAAGACAUGAAAGCCGGGUCAUUUGGUGCUUGCCCUGUUUGAGCGGUGAUACCCCAGAUAGCUAUGCCAUGGAGUAAUAAUGUGCGCUCAGAUCUGAGCUAUCUGGGGAUAUGUUGAAUGUACCUGUUUUGUACAAUGGCUACACAGUUAUAUGUUUUUAUGUGUUUUAUUGUCUUUUGCUGACAUGUGUUCAAUGGAGUUUUGCUUCUGUCCUUGGAGAUAAUUGGAUUACUUCCCAAUUAUCUCCAGGAUAGAAGACUCUGUGGAACUGGUUUUGGGCAGAAAAGCCAUGCUUCCUUUGGUCACAAAGGACUACGAUCUAUCUUUUGAACCACUGGACCACUUUGUAUGAUUUUGACGUAUGUUUGUAUUUGGAGUAUGCUGAUUUUGAAAAUGUAAGUUUUAUGUGAAUGUGAUGCAUACUUUUCAAGUUAUGAAUAAUGUGGAAAUGUGGAAAAUUUUUAUUUCUCUGCUUGUUAUAAUUACAUUACCCAUUGUGUAAGGUAAUUGUGUCACAGGCAGAGGGGAGGAAUUUGCGUGGGAGUGUCUGAGUGUAUUGUACGUGUUUAUUGGUUGUGUUCCAAAACCCUGUGGAUGGUAGUAAUGUGUAAGAAUGUGUACAUAAGCACAAUAAACCCACAGCUCUGACUGUUCACUGCUUGACCCUCAACAUGGACCUUUGUCUCGUUCUUGGGGGGAUUUACUGUAUGCUGUUCCAGUGUAAACCUAUUCGUAUGGUUUUUCCUAUUCGGCUGUUUACAGCAUUCGUAUGGUUUCCUGUUCGGCGGAUUGGUGUUCUGCAGUAGCUGUGCCUGUGUCUCUGGAAGGGAAGAUCUACUAAACGGCGGUUUAACCCUUUUAUGCCUGGGGGUGCCGUUACAGCUUCCUUCUGGGACGAGAGCCAUGUAGCCAUGUGUGCGGCAUAUGGUCUGAGCACUGACAGGCUAACCCCCCACCCCUUCAACCUCUGCAGCAAUGCUGGCAGCAGUCAUAUGUCUAUUUCCCAAAGAUAACCUCUGGAUAUGACGCUGAGCACGUGCACUCAACUUCUUUGGUCGACCAUGGCGAGGCCUGUUCUGUGAAACCACUGCAUGUUCUUUGCCCACCGUGCUAAAGCUCAGUUUCAGGGUCUUGGCAAUCUUCUUAUAGCCUAGGCCAGUGAAGGCGAACCUAUGGCACGCCCGGCCUUCUCUGUGGGCACACGGCCAUAUGUUCGCCAUCAAUACAGAGUAGGCACCUGCCUGCCCAAAAUGGCAGGCGCCUACUCUGCUUCCAUGUCGGGAGGCAGGGGGAGGGAUCUGUGAAGCAGCUCCCCUGUCCUCCCGCGAGCAAUCUGUGUGGAGCUUUGCCGCACGUUACCAGGGCAACGCUCCACACAGCAUCGCGCGGGAGGACAGGGGAGCUGCAGGGGACAGGGGAGCUGCAGGGGACUGGGAAGAAUCAGUGCAAGACGCAAUGCUGGCUGAAUGGAUAGGAAGAGGAUAAUCUAAGGGUGGUGAUCUCUGGCAACUAAAUAUCAUUAAGAGCAGAAAGGUAAAACACAGAAUGGAAUCUGGCUGACUUUAAUUCCCAGUACCUGCUGAAGACAGGUGGAGGAGAUAAAGUAGCUUGUGUUAUAGGAAGCAAUUUCACUCUACGGUGGCCAUAGAUGCCAAAAGAGACCGGUUAUCUGCCAGUUUAUGCCAAAAUAAAAUUCUUUCUACUGUGUUUUUUUUUUACUUACCACCACCGGACCACCAGGGAUGGCUGUGUGCCCCGCCUCCCCCACCCCCUCUUUCAUUAAAGGUAAGAAGGAGGGAGGGGGGAUAUAGAUUUAGCAUACCUUAACGGAGUGUAAUGUUUCUUUUGCUGGCAAAUUCUUUUUAUAUCUAGUUUAAAGGGACACUCCAGUGCCAGGAAAACAAAUCGUUUUCCUGGCACUGCAGGUCCCCUCUCCCUCCCACCACCCAUCCCAUGUUGCUGAAGGGGUGAAAACCCCUUCAGUGACUUACCUGAGACCCUCGCCGAUGUCCCUCGGUGGUGGUUUUGGGUCCGUCCACACUCCUCCCCCGCCGGCGGGGGAGACCGAUGGGCUGAUUGUGCUUGAGGGGCACCUUACCCUUGCCAGGAGCCCUCGCCCUUCCAAUGGCGUUUCACAGGGCGUGCCCUCUCUCUGGAGGAAUCAUCCGACUCAACUGUCUUCCUUGCCUUGGGAGCGUUUUGGAGCCAACUUGAAAGCAUCAGAGGCUGCCGCGAACACUUUGGCCAUAACCUUCUCCAGGUAUGCCAACGCCGCAUUACUCAUAGCCUGGAGGUCCAUGGGGUUCUAGGUAUCUUCCAUGAUAGACCUAUAUGGAUAAGUUUUUUUUCUUUCUUUUUCCAAACAGGCAUAUGUAGGAGAGGUAUAGGGACCGGUUGGGAGGGACGUGAAACAGGCUAUGGGCCUUAACUUACAGCCUAAUGGCGUGUGGCAAUUAAGCAGACUCUUAUUACGAUCACUGGGGCUUAUCCAGGAAACCGGAAUUGCAAAUACAGAUUCUGCUCAGCAACACUCUGUGUAAUACCCAAAUGGGGGCUCACCCCUUGCAAGAAUACUUGGGUAUACUUGACUGGCAGUCCCACUUCCUAGGGGUAUAACAGCCAGAAACCGUAAUCACAGAGAGCCUCUUCGUGAUGGGAGUAAAAUCCAUGACUAACACCACCAACAAGAUGGCCGCCACGGGUCUCGCGAGAACGAGGACUAAAAUGGUGUUUAAAAGCCCGCAAAACGUGUUUGCGGGAAAACAUACGAAAUUUAAAGCGAAUGCUGUUAGACGCGAACAGAGAAAUCCGCAAACAGUCCGUUCACAUAAAACUACAGAACGUUGAAAGAUGCCUGUAUGCAAACGGGAAACCCUGCGAACAGACAACCGCGAACAGCCAGUUAGUGCACAAAACACCGAAUAUCUAUGCACAAGAAUAUGCGUGAAAGGGGAAAAAAGCAGCGACCGGCCCGUUCUUGCCUAUAUGCAUGAAUCAACAGAAUUCCCUGCCUGAACGCACUAAAGUCAAUGCGAACGGUGCGGGAAACCCGAAGAAAGUGGCAAAGGUAGCCACAUGGGAGGAGGCGGAUAGGCAGCCUCUGGGGAGAGAGGGGACGGAAUCCUAAUAAGAAAAGAAAUACACUGCCCCACUAGAGAGGUGGAAAUAAAGGAUAGCCCCCCGUCACCCCCACCGGAAAGGAAAUCUAGUAAUCACAUACAAUAGGUUCAGCUUAAGACAGAAACAGCAAACAAGUACUCUGACCUGACUUGGAGCAGCAAAGGAAGAGGAAGUGCCUUGGAUAUGCUUUCCCUUAUAUACACCCUGACUGUGUUCUGAUUAGUUCUUUAUUUCACCUGUUUUUUUCUUUGCUGCUAUGGAGUUAGUAAAGAAAGUUAAAGCAAAAUAUGAAGCCUCCUGUCAUGUGGUAAAAUUAAAGGAUCAUUGCAGUUCCGCUGGACCCCAGGGAAAGGAUCCACUCCAGCUCUCCCAGAGGUAAGGAGGCCGGGUGGCUGUAAAUUAAAAAAAAUAAUAAUUUGUGUGAGAGAAUGUAUGUGUGACUAAUGGUACUUUAAUUCUAAAAAUACAAGGCACGUCAUGGACCAAAAAGUCAAGUGAAAAAAAACUGAUACAUUGCUUAAAACAUCUGGUCUGUUAGAUAAGAAUACAUUCAUUAGAUAUUGGACCACAGGAGGUGUCCCUGCACUGAUCACUGUUACCAGUGCUGCAGCAUGAGGGGGAGCUCUCCCUUUCAUGCUGCAAUCACCCAGUACAGUGGACUCCCUGAGUGUACUAUGAAGUCAUCAGCAGAGGGAAUCCCUCGGAGGUGGGAUUAGAAGUUUGACUACAUUAAGCUGCAGUUGUAGGAUUUAGGGGUUUGAUUACUGGGAUACUAUAGUCACCAGAAUAACUGCAGCUUAAUGUAGUUGUUCUGGUGACUAUAGCCUGUUCCUUCAGGCUAUUUCUGUAAACACUGCCAUUUUAGUAGGGGCGGACUGGGAACUAAAAGCAGCCCUGGAAAAAAAUUCUAUACCAGCCUAAUAAUGUGUCACACCAGCCUAAACUGCAGAUAUAGAGUGAUACGAUUAUUUCCUUAAAAUUACUUUACAAUUCCAGGAGAAAAGUGAUCUUCAAUAUAAAGUACUACCGAGCAGAGUACAGAAAAUUCAUAAACUCUGACCAGGAGUACCGAAAGAAGGGCUUCACCAGUCAAAUGUUGGGAGCUCCUGUGGUUGAAGGGUGCUCCCCCUGGUUCUCUCAGAGCGAUUGGUCUCAAGAGUCUGUAGUACCUUCCCUGCAAAUAGCGGUUUAAAACAAGGGGAUAAGUAGACCGGUUACCGCAUAGUUUAGUGACCGAUUUGUGUUCCAUAGUGUUCGCAGCUAACUCCCACAGAAGUUAAUUCGGGCAAACAAAAUGGCCAUCGUCUGCCAGAGAACGCGUGUUUGGUAGUAUGUUCAGCAGAAGGGAAGGUACCGAACCAAGAGGCUUGGGAAUAAGUCUUAGGGAUUCGUUUGAUACAUGACCGGAUCCGCCACAGCAUAUGAUCAAUUUUUCAGUCCAACUACCGUCACAUAUUUAGAAAAGUUUGGUAAUGGGACUGAAAUGGUGAAUUGUGUUGUUGCACAAUUAUAAAACAUGAAGUUUUCUUGUUUAUAUUGAGUUCUAUGAGUGUCCUCUUCACUUUGAGUAUGUUAUUGUGCUGGAUUGUGCUCCUAGCAACAAGGCUGGGCCAAUACGUGCUAAUUACAUAUAUGUUAUAUGUUGAUGAAAUGUCUGUGUGUAUUAUACAUGUAUAUUAAUAUGUGUUAAUAUUAUAGGCAUAAUUAUAUUAUUAAUACACACAUUGAUAUAUGGAUUACAGUCAAAAUCAAGUCAAUUACAACUUCUGUCUGUACAUUGUGUUAGCAGGAUUGCUAGCAAAAUGUAUAUAUGUUGAAGAAAAACUAUUUAAUAAGAGGUCUUUCUCUCACCGGUCAAUCAACUCUUCAACAUGAAAACAUAGAAUGAGAUGGCAGAUAAGAACCAUUCGGCCCAUCUAGUCUGCCCAAUAUUCGAAAUACUUUUAAUUAGUCCCUGGCUUUAUCUUAAGUCUAGGAUAGCCUUAUGCCAAUCCCACGCAUGCUUAAACUCCCUCACUGUGUUAACCUCUACCACUUCAGCUGGAAGGCUAUUCGAUGCAUCCACUACCCUCUCAGAAAAGUAAUACUUCCUGAUAUUCAUUUUAAACCUUUGCCCCUCUAAUUUAAGACUGUCCUCUUGUGGUUGUUCUCAUUCUUUUAAAUUUAGUCUCCUCCUUUACUGUGUUGAUUCCCUUUAUGUAUUUAAAUGUUUCUAUCAUAUCCCCCCGUCUCGUCUUUCCUCCAAGCUAUACAUGUUAAGAUCCUUUAACCUUUCCUGGUACGUUUUAUCCUGCAAACCAUGAACCCAUUUAGUAGCCCUUCUCUGAACUAUUUCCAAAGUAUCAAUAUCCUUUCAGAAUUCCUAUACUUUAGUAUGUUUUUUUUUUUGUUUGUUUGUUUUUUCCCUUGGUAUUUUUUGAGGGAAAAGGUUUUCUGAUUUUCCCAUAUCAUUUACAUAAAGUGGUUUUAUCGAUUUUUAUUUUAUAUCAUUAACUCUAAAAUCAAAUUGUGUAUUAUGAAGUCCACCUAACUAUUAAAGGGACACUAUAGGCACCCAGACCUCUUCAACUCAUUGAAGAGGUCUGGGUGCAGUGUCACAUCACCGUUAACCAUGCGCAUGUAAUUAUUGCAGUUUUUAAUAGACUGAAAUAAUUAAUAAGGUUAAAUUCUGCUCUAGUGGCUGUCUAUCAGAUAGCCACUAGAGGGACCUCCAGGCUAAAUGGUGCUUGACAUAGCAUGAGGACUUCCAGCUUCACUGGUAUCCCCAUAGGAAAGCAUUGAAUAAUGCUGUGCAUGCACAUUAGGUCUCCCCUGCCGGCUGACGUCUGCGAAGCCAGUGCUGAGGGACAUUGGCGCUAGACCCAGGUAAGUGACAGACUGGGUUUUAAACUGGGGUGGCCUUGACUGAGGGGGAAGCUAUAGUUGGCACUAUAGUUUCCCUUUAAUAUCUAGAAAAAUUUAGUACUCUUGUAAAAACUAUUUGUAUCCUCUGCUAGUCAGUGCUGUUUUAAAUUAGAGGGUAUUCCAAAACUGUUUUAUGAGUUUGUCAGUUGAUUUGGAUACAGUUUUUGAAGGCUUCUUAAGUUUAAUUGUAUUAUCAGUAAUUUCAUUGAUGUCCAUAUUAUAAAUCUUUGUAAACUGCCCUUGAUGAGGACACUAUAAGAAAUAUUAAGCAAAAUAAAAUAAUUGUAUUAUUGUAAUUAUAGAUGGUAAAUUUACUGAAACUGUACCAUUUCUGCUUUCAGGUUGAAGCAAUGUCUGGGAAGGUUUUUUUCACAGCAGAACCAGACAUGUACAGAUUGAGACAAAUUAAAUCUGGAGAAAGAUUAUUUUUGUUGCUGCGUAAAGAACCACCUCUGUCUGUUCCUAAGGGUAAAGGUGAGCACAAUGAAUUCCCUAUUUCUAGGAUAGAAAGUCAGAAUUCAAUUGCAUCUAUGUUUAGAUGGCAUGUAUUUACUCAGCAUGAUAGCUGACAUGCUCAGUCAUUUAAUGCUGUUAGAAAUUCUAAAAAAUGUAAUGUUGCGUUUGUGAAAGUUUAAUGUCCACACUAGCUUUAUACCACAUGAGAGGCUGUGCUACCUUUGGUUUGUCUCCUAACUUGACAGAAAAAAUAGGAUUGGUGCCAAGGGUAUGCUGGCACCAUAGCCAUUACAGUAGGCUGUAGUUGGUUACAGUACGUAGAGUGUACAUUUUAAAUUACUUUACAAAACCACUAUACAUAGUGUAAAAGAAAACUGGUUCCCGCGUGUAAAGUAAUAUCAGACAAACCAUCUUUAAUGUUUUCAUUUUUCAGUAACAUAAAACUACCUUGCAACACCGACAUUUGGUUAUUUGCUGCUAGACUUGCUUAACCCCUUAAGGACCAAACUUCUGAAAUAAAAGGGAAUCAUGACAUGUCACACGUCAUGUGUCCUUAAGGGGUUAACAUAUACAGGUGUAUUAAAUAGGGAUAGACCCGCUAUCGGUUCCGCCAAUCAUUAGAGGCAAUAUUUGGCAUAAUUCUGUUAAUUGGUAUUGGUCUUGUAAUUAACCAAUGUUAUCUAUACAAACAUUCAAAAUGAAGCCCUGCACUUAAACUCGUACUACUCCUGGGCACUAGCAAUGACUAUAGUAUUCAUCAGCCUGAAUACAUAGAACCAAAACCAAAAAGAGUUACCCGCACUCUAUUCCAAAUCCAUAUGCACAUCUAAAAAAACUGGAGUUUUUUUUUUUUUUUUUUUAUCACUCCAAUGGUCAUUCACGUAUAAGCUCACCUGCCACGUCAAGGCAAAACCCCUUAGCUGAGUCCUACGCUAACAAUUUACCUUGCUGAUUUCAGCUAAAGGGUACAAAUUUCUAUAUAAUGAGUUAAAAGGGGUAUUUUUAGGAACCCCUACACGCUUUUAACCCUUAAUAGGGUAAACAUGGGGUGGAUGGCAGCACUACAACAGUGUUUACAGUAUUCAUCAGGCCAACAUUCUUUUGGGCUCAAGAAUACUCAUUAGAACUUUUUAUACCUUUCUAACUGAAAUCAGCAAGAUGAAAGUGAGCUAGUGAGCUCAGUUAGUGUGUUAGGUGAGUUUACACAUUGGAGUGAUUAAAGUAACUCUCCAGUUGUUUAGAUAUGCAUAUAGAUUUGUGAUAAAGCCCAGGUAACUCUUUGUGGUUUUUGAUAUUACCAACUUACCUCCCCUAGUGUUUUGCUUUUAAUAUUUAUAAGGUUCCAGGAUGCAGAAUAUGACACAGAUUGAGUGAAAUAAUAAAAUCUUCUUUAUUUAGGACAAAACAAUAUAAUAUUUAUAAUUACAAGUUAUUAAGGAUAAUAAAGUAUAGUCUUUCUAAUUAAAAGAAUUUUACAAGAAUAAAGUAAUACAAUACUGAUUAUGCUAUAGUAAAACUACAUCCAGGUUACCACAAUCAUGGCUGGAAAGCUCAAUUUUUCAGCCUUGGCCUAGGGUUUCAGGUUAAUCGGGAAAGGUUUAGGGGCACACUCAGAACAUGAAGUAGUGGUGCUGCUAUAAAGAUCAAAAACUAUACAAAAUACAAUUAAAGGAACAGCACACACACAAAAACAAAAAAUUACAGUUUAAAAUUUUACAAGGCUACUUAAAUCACCUAUCGUGGCAAGCAAGUAUGAGGAUUUAGUUACCUCAUAUGGGCCAUAUUGUGUUAAGCCCACCACUACAUCACAGUUCCCCUAUAUCAGGGGUAGGCAACCUACGGCACUAGUGCCAUGCACGGCACUCAAGGUGUCUUUGCAUGGCACUCAAGGCUGCUAGAGCCAAACGCACUCUGGCCUAUCAGGAGUCCCAGUAAAACUUCAGAUAUCUGCUAAUACAAACAGGUGGUUAAGGACAAUCCUCAAUUUAAGCAUUGCAGCACAUAGAGGAAGUGAUCUCAGAUCACUUCCUCCCAGCACUUGUGAAUGGGAAUCCACAUUGUAGUAUAGCAGCCUGCAGCUGCUGUUGCAGCUCCUGACCUUGACCUGUACCUGUCCAGCCUGGUCCCCACUGGAACCCAGGGAAGCCACCCACACUGCUUGAUAUACACAGACCUGCAGAAUAACCCUCCCCUCAUACAAAUAAUACUAAAAGCCCACAGACAAUCCCCACAAACGCAACACCACUAACAAUCCACAUACAUGCACACAACCACACACGCAGCCUCUCGUGCAAUACCCCAAACAGCCCCCACACAUACACACACUACCAAAUACACAAUGUGACAAAUCCAUCCACACAAAAUUCCACAAGCAGUCCUCAUACACAGCCCACAUUCAUAUGUAUCAUGCACAAUACCAUAAACUACUAAUGAACAUAUACAAUAUAAUCGCUCAUAUAUGCACAAAUACAACAAUACAAAGGAAUUACAGUAAAAAUAACACAAGCAGAAUACGGCAACAUACACACCUCAAUUUAAAAAAAAAUAGGAUCAGCAUGCUAUGGGACAUCACAAUCCUAUAUCGGCACAGUGCUGCUAAAAGGUUGCCUACCCCUGCCCUAUAUCGUUGAGUCCUACACUGAUUUUAACAUGGGGGAGUGGCAUGCUGACUUGCAAUACUUACUUACAGCUAAAACUGCUUACAGAGACUCUUCAAUUUAUGCUUUCAUGUGGUCACCUCCAAAAGGGGCCCCCACAGUGGGUGGGUGGAGUGCUCAGCUCAAUAGGAAUCUGGUCUGGAUUCCAGUGAUUUCUUUUCUAGGCAUUUAGCAAAACAAGGUAUUCGAAAAGUAAGCAAAAACAACCUUAUGUGCUUAGAAAAAAAAAAUAUGCCAAGGACCCAUGGGGAAAAAAAUAAAUAAAGUGGAAGCUGUGAACAAAAUGGUGAUCAGUCAUUAACAUAUAAACCACUCUCGUAGUCAGCAGAUGAACCUCCAUUUUCCUCACCAUCUUUCCUUUAGUAUUCAGUAAACCCAUACAAGGAUAGUGUCUUGAGACCCAUAUAAACUGAGGCCAGGCAAUCCAUACCAGAUAGAGGUCCUGUUGGCAAUGACAAUAAGAUUAGGCCAUAUAGAUGAUAGUAGACAAUCAUGAACAUAACAUGUCCACAAUGUCCUUGCAUGCGAUAUCACAGACAAAGUAUAUUGUUUCAUUUUUUUUGUUUCUUAGAGCGGUGUUUCUUCUCGGACAGGUAUUAUGCCUGACAAAUAGAACUAGGGUUCUGUUUGUCAGGAUUAUAGUUGAUCCAGCACGCAGAAAUGUGUCACACACUAAGGGUAACGUCUAACCGGACCUUAGAAUGGCCGGACUUAAUGUACCUAAGAAUAGUCAAUAUACUAGCAGAGGUCAGGUACACAGAAUUGGACACAGUGAUAAGGGAAAGCCAAUAUUCAAGGAUACCAGAAGGCAGGGAAGUCAAAACUAAGCCAAAGUCAAUAACCAGAAACACACGAUCAGGAACGCACUCUCGGAUAACCAUAUAAAGGAAACCACGACAGGGCAAUGAGGAAAAGUAAAAGUGAGUUUAAAUAAAUCUCCUUCAGAUCCGAUUGGCCGUAACCGACCUUUUUACCCCAGGGGUCUCGGGGAUCGCGUGGGUAUGAUGCGAGCGCCUGGAACGCAUAGUGUGCGUUCUGCGCAUGCGCAGAACUACCCUUUUUUUUCCCCGGCACUAUUUCAUUCUGAGUGAUCUGAGGCUCUGUGUGCAUGCUGCAUCUGCUAUAGCGACCCUGAGCGCACUGCUUAACGUCCUUUGGUUCAGUGCAUUAAAGUUGGAGUUUUUUCCUUUCCUUGGUUGCUUGAAUUGUCUCCUUGUCAGAAGGUAGGCUUUUUCUCCUUGUGAUUUUUAAACUUUACUUGAUAUUCAGUUUUGCUUCUGAAUUUUGAUGGGAUGUGGAUUUGGGUCUUUUGACAUUUCUUUUGAUUUCCAUUAUAGUAUGGAUUUUCCCUCUGCCUCUGCAAGAUCCCUCUCUAGAAAACAUAGGUGAGCCAAUAAUUUUUGAAUAGUUGGAUUAACCCCCAAGAAAAUCAAGGGAUAAAACCAAUAAAUGCGUGAACUGUUCGACCUCUGCACCACAGGGAAGGAACCUCUACAGAGAAUGCUUAUUGGAAAUAGCUGAUGCUUCCUAUAGGAGUUCCCAACAGGACGACCUUAAACUCUGGAUUUCCCAAGCUAUUGCUGAGGGCUUUAAGUCUACCACGGAUAAAGGUGGGUCCAUGUAAGAGAUGCAGAGCGGAACCUCAGUCUUCAUGCUCUAAAGAAGACCCUGACAUGUAGGAGGUCUUAGAUGAUGAUAAGGAAGUUGAAUAUAUCUCCAGGUCUCUUGACUCUAAGUCUAUUGAUAGGCUGAUUAGCCGUAUCAGGGACACUCUUAGUCUCACGGAAGAGAAGUCGGAGUUGAGAGAGGCUGACAGGUUCUUUAAGGACCUAAUAGGCCAACAUUCCUAGUGCAUUCUUCAAUCAGGGACACGAUCCUUCAAGAAUGGAACAAGCCGAAAAGAAAACCCACCUUAAAGAAUAAGUUCACAAGGAUAUAUCUUUACUCUGCCAUUGACUGCAAAGUAUGGAACUCCGUCCCAAAAAUAGAUGCUGCCGUGAUUCCUAUAGCUAAGAAAUCUAUGCUCCCCAUUGACUCCAUGGCCUACCUUAGAGAACCUAUGGGAAAACGUAUGGAUGGGGAUCUCAUAAAAUCUUAUCUAGCCCUAGUAUCUGCCCUCCAUCCUGCGUUGGCUCUAACCACCUUCUCAAGGGCCUUAAGAGUAUGGCUCGCAAAUGGAGGAGGACAUUGACCAUGGAGUCUGCAGGGAACAUCUCCUGGAAAGUCUCUAGGAUUACAGCCUUGCUACAGAAUUCUGCUCAGAAGCCUCUUUCGACAUUAUUCAAAUGAUUGCUAAAAGUAUGACCCUGUCUGUGAACUCUAGAAGGCUUCAUUCAUGGGGAGCCAAUUAUGCUUCCAAAGCAUCUUUGUGUGGCCUUCCAUUCCAGGGGUGCUUAUUAUUCGGUAAGAUACAAAAGGCUGCAGAUGGCAAAAAAGCAAGAAGACUAAACGCUUCAAGGAUCCGUGCUUUCGGGACAGCAGAAGCUAUAAACCAGAAAAGGACUAUUCUAGAAACUCCUCUUGGAAAAGCUUCUCACAUUCAUUGACCAAUAAGAUUUCCAGAGGGAGAGGAUCUAGAACCUCUGGGAAGAACUUCUGAAGGUCUUCAGGCCCAUUCGGGGAUUGUGGGAGGAUGAUUAAGGUUCUUCUACCCGGUGUGGGCCGCAAAAAUCAGACGUCUGGCCGCAAAUAUCAGACGUCAUAAAAAGAAGGUUACAGGAUAGAGUUCUCCUCUUACCCAAAAUCAGUUCUCUUCAGGAAUUCGAGGUUGUUGACGGUCAUUAAAUGAAGAGCCGUGAGGAAAUGCAUCUCUUCAGGAACAAAGGGUUAUAGAAGAAGUUCCAAAAGAGGAAAGGUUCGAAGGAGUUUACUCCACAGUGUUCUUGGCUCCAAAACCCCAAGGAGAGGGGCGUCUAAUCCUGACCUUAAAAGGAGUGAACUCCAUGCUCGACGUGAGAAUGUUCAAAAUGGAAUCCUUACAGACCAUCUUGAAAAGCAUCAAAAGACAGAAUUGGAUGACUUCUAUAGACUUGAGGGACGCCUACUACCUAAUCCCUAUAAACUGCGAUCAUGUAAAAUUUCUUAGAUUCUGGGCCCUAGGAAGACACUUUCAAUUCAUGGGACUCCCGUUCGGCCUCAGCUUGGCACCAAGAACGUUCUCAAAAGUUCUUGUCACUAUAUUAGCCAUCAUAAGAGUAAGAGGUAUCGAAAUCUUCCAUUACUUGGACGAUAAUGGGUAUUAACCAUAAGUGAUGCUGCCAUGAUUAGCCAGGAAUAAAGAAUAUUUAUGACAAACUUACCGUAAUUUUAUUUUCCUGGCUAUUUUUCAUGGCGCGCAUCAGGGUUCCCACCCAUUCCUUUAUUUUUUCAGCUUUAUAAUUGUACUGUGGUGUAAGGGGAGGAGGGACUCUUUAUACCCAUCAGUCUAAUCUAAUUCCUAUCCUGUGACUGCUAAGGGAGGAGAAACCCAUAAAUGAUGCUGCCAUGAGAAAUAGCCAGGAAAAGAAAAUUACAUUAAAUUUGUCAUGAAUUUUCUCUAUUUCCUCUUACUCAUUUACUGUACCCACACACAUUGUAUACCGUUUUUCUCGCCAUUAAAUGGUCUUUCUAAUGAUACCAUUAUUUUCAUCAUACCAUAUAAUUUACUAUAAAAAAAUAUAUGUUGAAUUUUUUUUAAAAAACACUGUUUUUCUAACUUUGACCCCCACUAUCUGUUACACAGCUACAACCGCCAAAAACACCUGUGCUAAAUGGUUUCAAAAUUUUGUCCUUCAUUUAGAAAUGCUCAAUGUUAACAUGUUCUUAGCUUUUUUUUUAAGAAAGUUAUAGGGCUAUAAGUACAAGUAGCACUUUGCUAUUUCCAAACCAAUUUUUUUCAACAUUAACGCAAGUUACAUUGUAACACUGAUAUCUGUCAGGAAUCCCUUCACAAGUAUAUAUUUUUAAAAAGACAACCUAUGGUAUUAAACUUGGGGUAUUUUGACUCUUUUCAUGCAACCAUUUUACCACUAAUCUAUGCCAAAUAUAAAAUAAAAUAAUUCGUGAUUUUUUAAAAAAAAUUUUUUAAUACACAUAGCAAUUUAAGAACACCUGUACUGAGAACUGUAAGGGUUACUGACAAAGAACACCCCAAUAUGUGUUUAGCAACAUUUCCGGAGUACAGUGAUACCACCCAUGUACAGGUGUGUCGGGCUCUCUGGAGGCUAAAGUACCUUAUUUGGAGGGGGCACAUUUCAGUUUUCCAACUUGGAAUUUUCACAGCUGGUCAUCAUGCACGCUUGCUCUAUUUGGGACAUUUUUGAAACCGGCCAAUGUAAUUUACCCCCAUCAUACCAUAUAUUUUUGAAAAGUAGACACCCCAGGGUAUUUCAAAUGGUGGUAUUUUAACAUUUUCCAUGCACUAAUUCUGCCACCAGUCUUUGUCAAACCUUUGGGUAGUCAUUUCUUUUUUUUUCACACACAUUCUACUUUAGGCAUGGAUUAUCAGCUCCAUUUAGGUGUUACUGCCAAAGAACAUGUGUGUUCAGCAACAUCUCCUGAGUACAGUGAUACCAGCUAUGCAUAGGUUUGGUGGGAUGUUUGGGGGGUGCAAUGCCAAAUAUUUGACGUGUUUUUCAAAUUUAUUUCCAUGAGCGUGCAUAUAUUUGAAAAGUUGACACCCCACGGUAUUUUAUAUGGAGUGUUUUGAUGCAAUCGUUUUAAGUAAAAAAAUUGGAGAAAAUGUGUGGUGGUAAUUUUAAAAUAUUCAUUUUUACACUCACAUUUGUGAGUGAUUUAGGGGAGCCUGUUGUUGGUUAUUGCAAGUAAACACUCCAGGUUGUUUUCUGCAAGGCCUCCUGAGUACAACCAUGCCCCCCAUGCAUAAGUUUGCCAGGAUUUUGGGAAGGUUCAGUUACAAUUGUAUGACUUGUCAUUUGAGUUGAAAUUGAGAGUAUUUCUUCUGGUAGGCCUAUCUUUAGCUUGGGGAUUAUCACGCACCCCAGUUUUAUUUAUUGCCAUGAAAGUGUAUAUAUUUGAAACGUAGACACCCGAUAAAUAGUAUAUGGAGAGCUUUGAUGCCUUUGAUACAACCGUUUUAGCCCAAAAAAUUCGAGAAAGUGUGUGGUGGUAAUUUUAAAUUUUUCAUUUUUACACACACAUUGCUUUUUGACUGUGAUUUAGGAGAGCCUGUUGGUUUUUGCAAGGAAACACUCCAGGUUGUUUUCUGCAAGGCCUCCUGAGGACACCCAUGCCCCUAAUACAUAGAGUAAACGUAACAAAAAAAAAAAACUGAACAGCAAAUGUUUAAAUAAAUAAAUGGACCAGUGUGUGGAAUUGUUUGAAGCAGUCCCUAAUGCGGAAUCCAGGCUGUCCAGGGCAAUCAGGACAGUACUAUACAAUAUCUUUUCUCUGCCCCCUCUUAAAACAGACUCAGCAUCUCUUUGGGGGAUUCUGCUUUGCUGCAGUAGGGGGGAUUUUAAAAAUAAAUGUGUAGCCCCGAAUCUGCUCUCUCCCAUCACCGCCUGGGGAGCAGGUGCAUCACGGUACAAAAUCCCCGAAAUGAUCUGGAGCUGAAACUGUAAAAAACUUGGUUGCAUUCUGGGGAUGCCUUUUUGAACAACAAAAAAGCGUUGUGGGUUGCAAUCUGCAUUCAGUAGGUUGCAACCUUUUUGUACCAGGCCCGUGUCUUCGGUAGGUAGGGCUGCAGCAGCUGAUCUUCCAGAUCAACCCCACCCAUAUGCCGGUUAUAGGCCUUGAUGCACACUGGCUUCCUUGUGCUCUCAGCUCUGCCACAAACGGAGACCUCCACAGUCCUCUCAGUGUGGAUGGUGGUAAGAAGGUACACACCCUUCUUGUCUCUGUACUUAACUGCCAACAGCUCCUCUUGUCGCAGAGCUGAGGUCUCCCCCCUUCGUAGUCGUGUGCGUGCAAGUGGUCAGGGGAAACUGCGCAGUUCUUUUCUAUUGUACUGCAAGCUACUGUAUCAAAACAAUAUAUAAAAAUUUAUAAAAAUUGUCUGUAUACAAGUGGUACCCUUUGUUUAUCAGGGGGAUUAUCAGGUCCCAGACAACCUUGCCACUGGUUCCAAUAUUUUCUGGGCAACCUGGAGGGUCAAGGUGGCUAUCCUUUCCCUCGUACACACAGAAGGCCUGAGUAUACCUAGUCUCGCUAUGACAGAGCUUAUACACCCAGCCUUCCCUUAUACUUAAUCAGGGAUUCAUCCACGCAUAUAUUUCUUCCAGGUGUAUAAGCCUCUUCAAACCUGGCAGCGAAGUGGGUAAUCAGGAGGUGGAUUUUUUUACAGCCUGUCAAACUGGGGAUGCUUUCUAGGGGGGCACAGGCUGUUGUUGCUGAAGUGCAUGAACUGUAGAACCAUUUCAUACCUCUUCCUCGACAGACACUGGGAGUAAAUGGGGGUAGAGCAGAUGCUCCAGUAGGAUCGGAUGGAGGGCUUCUUUAUGAUGCCCAUCAGCAUAGUCAAUGCCCAGAAUUUUAAUUCUGGCACAUCGAUAGGGGCCCAUUACUGCUUUGCCAAAAAAGAGUCAGGCUUUGCAGCACGGAACUGAUGGGCAUAUAAAUUAGUUUGGGCGACAAUGUUCCUCAAUACAUCAUCACCCAGAAACACCUCCAUAAACUGCUGAGGGCUAAAUCUUGCGACAUCCACAUUGAUGCCAGGAUUUGCAGUGAAGGGUGGGAUAUCUGGCCUCUGGCAAUGAAGCUCUACCCACUCCUCCACAGUACUGUCAGCUAGAGCAGCAUGUCGCCUUCUGGCAGGGGGACUAGCAGCAACAGAUGCAUCAUAAGUAGAUACAUCACUAGCAGCAGACACUGUAUCUAGAUCUGUUUCUGAGCACCUAUCAGGGUCAGAGUAAGACAUAGACGCGUUGGACUCUAACGCAAGGAUGGCAUGCACCUCCUCAGUGCUAUACCAACUCUGUGACAUGAUCACGAUCACUUUAUUUAGUGAUCUGUCCCAAAAAACUAAAACAAAUUAGAGCUGGUGAUCUAUACAGUGAUCACUGGCAGGAUAGGGGUUUAUAGCUCUGAAAAGAGCUUUUGGGUCUCACAAUUUUACAAAUCACUACCUAAAUCUCUCUACCUAUAACACAGAUCUCUCUCACUAAAACACAAGUGAAGAGAGGGAGGGAGAUCCACACUGAUCAGAGUGAAUAUUUACUAAUAUUGACCUGAUCAGACAAAUGGAGAUCAUAGGUAUAAUAAAUAUUAUUGUAGGGGAAAGCUCUGAUUGGAUGUCCUUAGCCUGCCUCUAUGAUGAGGCAGGCUAGGGGCACCCCCAGAAGCCCCAUGAUGCACUGCCUCUAGAAUGGCAGUGCCAUAUUGGGAGCCACAUGGCUGGGGGGUUAACCCCUUAAGGACGGAUGACGGUUCAGGACCGUCCUCGGCAUUUUUGCAUGGCCGACCGAGGACGGUCCUGAACCGUCCUAACGGAAAACGGGCGGCGGGAGCGAUCAGAGAUCGCUUCCGCCGAAAUCCCGUUGUUACUAUCUGCCCGGCAUCCCAGGCAGAUAGUAACAGCCAAUUGCGGCGUGUGAGCGAUCCGCGAUCGCUCACAAUUGGCUGGUGUCAAAGUGGGUGUUACAAACACUCACUUUGACACUGAUCUCUGCCUCUCUCCUCUCUGUAGCGUUUUGUGAGAGGAGAGAGACAGAGAUCCUGAUAUAUUGUUGCAGCAGCUGUUCCUGUGAAAAUUAAAAAGUAUCUGCAGUGAAUAAAAAAUCCCUUUUAACCCCUUCCCUGCCAGAUCUGUUACAGACAGUGCAUUUGUACUGUCUGUAUUUUUUUUUUGCCCUUAAGGGUUAACUUUAUUUUAAAAAAUCUGUGUCUUAGACUGUCUUAGACUGUCUUAGACUGUCGUAGUCUGUCGUAGUCUGUUUUAGUCUGUCGUAGUCUGUCUGUCAUAGUCUGUCGUAGUCAGUCAGUUUCCUUCCCCCAAAUCUCCAUUAGAUUCUUCUAACAGGAGUUAGUUUAGGGAUUACUGUUUUAGUCUGUUUUAGUCUGUUUUAGUGUUUUAAAAAAAUAAAAAAAAUUGUGUUUAGUAUUUUGUUAGUUUAGUCUGUUAGUGUGAAACAUGCAGCGCAUGUACAGCUUGGAGGAGGCAUAUGCCUUCUUGGCGUCAGACUCUGACGCCACUGACACUGCGUCCGAUUUUGACCCAGGUCAGUUUAGCGGCACGUCUAGUGACAUGUCAUCUGUGUGUGAGCCAGCUGCUAAAAGAAGCUGUGCUUCCCCUGCUACGCUGAAUGUGGAGGAGGACUGGGUACCUCCACAGUUAGCUGAGCCCAACAUCCCCCCUUUUAGUGCCAACGCAGGCAUUAAUGUGAAUGUGGUUGACUUCUCCCCUAUACAAUAUAUGGAGUUAUUUUUAGGGGAUACCAUCUGGGAGGAGAUUGCUUCCCAGACUAAUUUAUACGCUAGCCAAUUUAUUGAGACCAAUCCAGGUAGCUAUACAGUCAGGGAGCAUGCUUGGCAUCCCACAGAUGUCCCUGAACUUAAAACAUUCUGGGCUCUUACCAUGCUCAUGGGGAUAAUAAAGAAGCCAUCAAUCCGGUCUUACUGGAGCACCAACCCAAUUUGUUCGACUCCUAUAUUCUCCCAAACAAUGCCUAGACCAAGAUAUGAGCUGCUGCUGAGAUACUUACAUUUCAACGACAAUACGCUCUGUCACCCCAGAGAUCACCCCCAAUAUGAUAGGCUUCAUAAAAUACGCCCACUGGUAGACCAUCUUCAGAACAGAUUUUCUGAAGUUUAUACUCCCCAACAAACUUUAUCCAUCGAUGAAUCCCUUUUGAAAUACAAAGGGAGAUUAGGGUUCAAACAAUAUAUCCCCUCAAAGCGGUCUAGGUAUGGCAUUAAAGUGUACAAACUUUGCGAGAGCGAAAGUGGCUACACAUUUGCCUUUCGUGUAUACGAGGGGAAAGAUGCUCAACUGAACCCUCCUGGCUGUCCUGACUCUCUGGGGACAACUGGGAAACUUGUUUGGGACCUACUGAACCCUUUGUUCAAUAAGGGUUACCACCUUUAUGUGGACAAUUUUUACAGCAGUGUCCACUUGUUUAAAAUUCUUUAUAGUUUACAGACACUGGCCUGCGGCACUGUAAGAAGAAAUGCCAAGGAUUUCCCCAGACCUCUCAUAGAGGCCAAAUUAAAAAAAGGGGAAUGCAAAGCUCUGCGCAAGGCUGAACUGCUUGCGCUAAAAUUUAAGGACAGGAAGGAUGUUCACAUGCUAACAACCAUCCAUAACGAGGGCAUGUCAGACGUCACUGUCCGAGGCAGGGUACAGACAAAACCGGUGUGCAUCAGGGCUUAUAACAGGCACAUGGGGGGUGUUGAUUUGGCUGAUCAGCUGAUGCAGCCUUAUCUUAUCUUAAGAAAGACAAAAGCCUGGUAUAAAAAGGUGGCUAUCUACCUGUUGCAAGUUUGAUACCUGCACAUUUGGUUAAAAAAGUUUUAUGGUAGUAACAUAUAACUGGCUGGCCAAAACCAGAUGACGUGUGCAUAAAAAGCAGAAUUAAAAAAUUACCACCAUGCACGUUCGCUGAAAUUUGUUUAGCACAAUGGUUGGGGGAAGGAUGUGAAAACACCUCAUAUACAAUACUCUGGAAUGUCUACUUUAUAAAAAUAUAAACUUUCAUGAUGUUAACAUUAACGGGGGGAUGCAAAAAUAUGCCAAACUGAAGAUAGGCCAAGCAUACCUAUAUAUCAAGUUGAAAAACUGAUAUGUACAAGUCUUGAAUGUGGCCUUUUAGCCCCCAAACAACCCAGCAAACCUAUGCAUGGGUGAUGUCACUGUACUCAGGAGAUGUUGCUGAACACAUAUUGGGGUGUUGUUUGGCAGUGAUACAUAACAGGAUCUGUUAAUUCAUGCCUAAAGUACAAUGUAUGUGAAAAAAAACAUGAAGAAAAUUACUACCCAAAAGUUUGCCAAAGGCUGGUGGUAGAAUUAUUGCAUGAAAAGUAUUAAACUACCACCAUUUAAAAUACCCUGAGUUGUCUACUUUUCAAAAAUAUAUGGUUUGAUGGGGGUAAAAUACAUUGGCCCAAAUAGGACAGGGGCGCUGGUUUACUACAUGUCAAAAUUCCAAGUUGAAAAAUGGAUAUGCGCACCUGCCAAAUGUGGCCUUUUAGCCCCCAAACAAUCCGACAAGCCUAUGCAUGGGUGGUAUCACUGUACUCAGGAGAUGUUGCUGAACACAUAUUGGCGUGUUGUUUGGCAGUGACACAUAACACGAUUUGUUAAUUCAUGCCUAAAGUACAAUGUGUGUGAAAAAAAACACACAAAAAUGACUACCUAAAUGUUUGACAAAGUCUGGUGGUAGAAUUAGUGCAUGGAAAGUGUUAAAAAACCACCAUUUGAAAUACCCUAGGGUGUCUACUUUCCAAAAAUAUAUGGUUUGGUGGGGGUAAAAUACAUUGGCCGGCCUUACAAAUGUCCCAAAUAGGACAUGUGCGCAGGUUGACUACAUGUCAAAAUUCCAAGUUGAAAAAUGGAUAUGCGCACCUGCCAAAUGUGGCCUUUUAGCCCCCAAACAAUCCGACAAGCCUAUGCAUGGGUGGUAUCACUGUACUCAGGAGAUGUUGCUGAACACAUAUUGGCGUGUUGUUUGGCAGUGACACAUAACACGAUUUGUUAAUUCAUGCCUAAAGUACAAUGUGUGUGAAAAAAAACACACAAAAAUUACUACCUAAAUGUUUGACAAAGUCUGGUGGUAGAAUUAGUGCAUGGAAAGUGUUAAAAAACCACCAUUUGAAAUACCCUAGGGUGUCUACUUUCCAAAAAUAUAUGGUUUGGUGGGGGUAAAAUACAUUGGCCGGCCUUACAAAUGUCCCAAAUAGGACAUGUGCGCAGGUUGACUACAUGUCAAAAUUCCAAGUUGAAAAAUGGAUAUGCGCACCUGCCAAAUGUGGCCUUUUAGCCCCCAAACAAUCCGACAAGCCUAUGCAUGGGUGGUAUCACUGUACUCAGGAGAUGUUGCUGAACACAUAUUGGCGUGUUGUUUGGCAGUGACACAUAACACGAUUUGUUAAUUCAUGCCUAAAGUACAAUGUGUGUGAAAAAAAACACACAAAAAAUGACUACCUAAAUGUUUGACAAAGUCUGGUGGUAGAAUUAGUGCAUGGAAAGUGUUAAAAAACCACCAUUUGAAAUACCCUAGGGUGUCUACUUUCCAAAAAUAUAUGGUUUGGUGGGGGUAAAAUACAUUGGCCGGCCUUACAAAUGUCCCAAAUAGGACAUGUGCGCAGGUUGACUACAUGUCAAAAUUCCAAGUUGAAAAAUGGAUAUGCGCACCUGCCAAAUGUGGCCUUUUAGCCCCCAAACAAUCCGACAAGCCUAUGCAUGAGUGGUAUCACUGUACUCGGGAGAUAUUGCUGAACAUAUAUUAGUGUGUUUUUUGGCAGCAAGACAUAACAGGAUCUGUAAGUUUAUACCUGAAUUGCAAUGUAUGUGAAAAAAAAACAAAAAAAACAACUAUCUAUGCAAAGUUUGGCAAAGACUUGUGGUAAAAUGGCUGCAUAGAAAGUGUCAAAAUAUCCUUAGAUGAAUACCCUGGGUUGUCUACUUUAAAAAAAAUAUAUACAUGUGGAGUGUUUUCCAGAGAUUUAUGACAGAUAAUAGUGUUACAAUGUCACUAUUGAUACAUUUUAAAAAUGUUUGUUUUGAAACCGCCAUAUCCUACUUGUACCUAUAGCCCUAUAACUUGCAAAAAAAAGCAAAAAAGCGUAAACACUGGGUAUUUUUAAACUCAGGACAAAAUUUUGAAUCUAUUUAGCUGUUUUUUUCAUUCGCUUUUGUAGAUGAGUAAAAGAUUUUUCAAGUAAAAGUCAAAAAACAUGUAUUUUUUUCAAUUUUUCAUCAUAUUUUUUUUAAAUUAAAAUACAUGAGAUUAUAUAAAUAAUGGUAUGUAAAGAAAGCCCCUUUUGUCCUGAAAAAAAAAUAUAUAAUUUGUAUGGGAACAGUAAAUGAGAGAGCGGAAAAUUACAGCUAAACACAAACACCAGAAAAGUGUAAAAAUAUUCCUGGUCGCAAAUGUACAACAUCGCAAAAAAGGUCCAGUCCUUAAGGGGUUAAUAUAUAUAUAUUAAUGUUUUAAAUAAUUUUUUAACAUUUUUCUUAUAUUCUUCACUGAGUGCCUUGACCCCUCGAGGCACUCUGCACAGGCAGAGCAUCAGUAGCCUGCCCGGUGGUUUCCGAUGCUCUGCUUUACUGCCGGGCGCCACGUGGAGCAACCCGGAAGUGAUCGUUCCAGGGGAAGCAAUCGCCUGGCAGCAAGGAGAGGUAUUGCAUGAUGCACGAGUCAUCACUGCAAUACCAUCAUAGCGGCUGGAAGCGAUCAUGAUCGCUUCCAACGCUCUAAUUCUCCGCGGACGUAUCAGAUACAUCCGCGGUCCUUAAGAACUGUUUUUUGUCGGACGAACCUGAUACAUCCGAGGUCAGGAAAGGGUUAAAUAUCUUUGUCUAUCUGAAAUGCUUCAUAGUAUGCAUUCUGGGUAAAAAUUAUAUACAUGAAUUUAUUAUAUAGACUCUUCUUGUCUGCAUCCCAAGUCUUACGUCAAAAUGGUUUGCUUUUAAUAUUUAUAAGGUUCCAGGAUGCAGAAUAUGAAACCAAUUGAUUAAAAUAAUUUUAAAGUUUCUUUUUUCAGGACAAAAUUGUAUAAUAUUUAUAAGUUAUUAAGGAUAAUAUGGUAUAAUCUUUCAAAUUUCGAGAAUUUUACAAGAAUUACAUAAUACUUUAACAAUUAAUCUAUAGUAGUACUACACCCUGGCUAACACAAUGAUGAAUACAACAAAACAGUGUUUUUCACAAUAUCACACAAUAAAAGUGCUUGAAUAAAGAAAAGUGCCUAUAUUUAACACUCAACUUCCCUUCUAGCAAUGUAGUUACCCGAAGAUUUCCUCAAAUCUUCAUUCAGUACAAAUGCAAUAUAUAGGGUUUAUCCAGCUAGGGAAAACAAGAAUAAUACAACAUAGUGCAACACUGUGUGAUCGAAUAUUGGUGUAUAUUAAGUGCCAAUUGGCCACUCACACUUUAGAGACAAAUAAAGAGCCUUCAGAAAUUAUUGGAUGUUAGUUAAUCUUCUCAAUUCUUGACGUCCGUCUUUUGUCUUCAGCUUAGAGGCACUUGGGAGGCAGUGGGAGUGAGGCAGGCAUGCAGAUAGCAGAGAUGAUGGGACAAGGUGAAAUGGAUGAAUCUGGGUGAUAUAUCUAGAGGAGACAAGGAAAUGACAGAGGAACUUGCAGAACAACAAGUGUCUGGGCUGUCCGUUACCUCUCAGACUUCUGAGGUGGGCAUACUUAAGUAUGGUUAAGAUCAGCAGCAGUAUGAGCGGUAACUGACAGCCAGUCUUAAGUUAAUCGGGAAAGUCACUGCGUGGUGUGUCCACCCACAGUUGAGGCUUCUGACAAAACUUCUAAAAGCCCCAGCUUUUAUUAUCAUACUAAAGGAGCUUACAUAACUAGCUUAUACAAGUGACAUGCACAUUUCAUACAUGCAACUCAAAUAUACAAGAUAUCAGCCCACCCUGGAGCACUAGCCAGAUGCCCGAGAGAGUCCAAGUAAUGUGAUUAGAUACCUGACUUUGUUUCUCCAAGCAGUGUGUCCAGAAUAUUGCAAAAUCAUAGGAUACAGCAUUUUUUUAAAACUAAAUAGCUUUAGAAAGCAAUGAGAUAUAUAUAUAUAUAUAUAUAUAUAUAUAUAUAUAUAUAUAAAAUUAUGUUAUUAUUUAUAUAGCGCCAACAAAUUCCGCAGCGCUUUACAGUGGGUGGACGAACAAACAUGUAGUUGUAACCAGACAAGUUGGACACACAGGAACAGAGGGGUUGAGGGCCCUGCUCAAUGAGCUUACAUGCUAGAGGGAGUGGCGUAAAGUGACACAAAAGGUAAGGAUAGUAUUAGACUAAUGACAGUUGCAAGAGAGGAAUCAGUUGGCUAAUGAGUUUACCAAGGGAAGCAAUAUAGAUGGAGGACAGUAGGGGACCAAGGACUGAACCUUGGGGGACACCAACAGAGAGGAUUUGGGGAGAAUAAGCAGAGCCAGAGAAAGAAACUCUCUAAGAGCGCUGGGAAUGGUAGGAGGAGCACCAAGAGAGAGCAGUAUCUUGUAGACUAAUAUUGCAGAGGAUGAGAAGAAGCUGUGGAUGAUCAACAGUGUCAAAAGCCGCAGAAAUAUAUAUAUAUACACACACACACACACACACACAUAUACACAAAGCAGAUAAUCUGGCACUCUACCCAAACUCAAUAUAAAAGUAAUAUUCAAACCAUGGUACUGUGCUGGGUAUAUAAUUCAAAGGAUGAUAAAGACCUUAUAUAGGUCGAAACAUUGAUUUUUCACAUGCGAAUUUGAAUACAUUUUCACUCCGUUAUUGAAAAUCCAGUGAGUGCUCUCAUUUCUUCCUUUGGAUUAUAUAUAUAUUUAUAUAUAUAUAUCCAUACAGUUGGCAAUACACUCAGUCAAAACAUUGCAUUACAGGUCAUAGGGGGCAGGGAGCCCAUUCCAUUCUGUGCUCCUCCUGCACAGCUCCCUGGCAUCUCUGCUUGGCGCGCAAAGGACCUGUGCAGGAAGAGCACAGAGGUCCCAGGUUCCAGCCGAGCACAACCACUGGCCACCAGGGACAGAGGAUCCAUUCCCACCCUUCCAAAGCAAGGUAUGGAGGCUGGGUGGACCUCUUUUGUGUGUAUGAGAUUUAAGUGUUUUGUCUGUGAUUGGCUGUGUGUGGAGGGGAGGGGCAGAGGUCUGUGGAUAUGUCUGUGAUUGUGUGGGGGGGAGGGGCAGAGGUCUGUGGAUAUGUCUGUGAUUGUGUGUGUAUGUCUGUGGUUUUAUGUGUAUGUGGAUAUGUGAUUAUGUCUGUAUGUGAUUGUGUGUGAUUUUGUGUAUAUAUGUCUGUGAAUUUAAGUGUGUGUGGGACUGUGAUUGUGUGUGUGCGUGUAUAUAUGUGAUUUAUCGUGUGUGAUUUUGUGUGUGUAUGUAUGUAAUUGUGCGUAUAGGUCUGUGAUCGGAUGUGUUUUUCAGUGAUUAUGUGUGUAUAGAUGUGUGACUGUGCGUAUAGGUCUGUGAUUUUGUGUAUGUGUGUGUAUCCAUGGUUAUGUGUGCAUACGAAUAUACAUGUGUACUUGUUUAGUACAUGGCUCCCUAAGUUGAUAUCUUUAAAUAUUGCAAUCCCACAUAAGGAUAACAAAAAGAGUUAUUUACUAAACAACUAAAAUGUCAAAAUUAAGAAAAGAGCUUUUAAAGAUAUAUUACUUAUGUACAUUAUCUAUAUCAGGGGUAGGCAACCAUUGGCACUCCAGAUGUUAUGGACUACAUCUCCCAUAAUGCUCUUACAGCCAUAAUGCUGGCAAAGCAUCAAGGGAGAUGUAGUUAGCAACAUCUGGAAUGAGGAAAGUUGCCUAGCCUUGAUCUACAUUAUAGAUUUGAUGUGUGGCCCAAGACAAUUCCUCUGCACUCAAUGCGGCACAGGGAAACCAAAAGGUUGGACACCCAUGGUGUAUAAUCUACUGUUAUGUUCUUUAGUGGCUAAAUUAAAGUGAUAGGAUUGUGAUUGCUGUCCGCAAUGAUACUACCAUCAGUAACAGCAUUGUACAUUCUGGGAUCUCACUGGUACCAGCAUGUACUGGCUGCUUGAGAGUGAUAGGGGUGUGAUUGCUAUCAGCACGAUCAGUUAAUGCCAGAUUUGUGUAGAAAUUAUGUUGCUUUUUCAAAGCUUCAAAAUUACAGAAUAUUGGUACUGGUUUUCGUCAAUCUGCACCAAAAGCAACAAAUAAUCUGUGUAAUCGAAAAAUUAUAUCGUCCGAUACCUAAUGCUAAAUAUAACUCUUUACUGUAUCAGUACUCUGACUUCCAGUGCUAAAGGAUUUUUCAUCUCUGAUGAUAUUCAUUUUCUAAAGCAAUUUUAACACAUAAAUAUAAUCUUAUUUUUUUAACAUGUGCCUUUAAUUUUAUUUACUUGUUCUAUUAUACUUGUGAUUUGUAUGUAUUUAUGUACUAAACUCUUACAAACCCUCUAUAUGAGGUCAUCUAAAAGGUAAAUAAAAAGCUACUAUGACCCAAAGGAGAAUAUAAAUAGAGACUCUUAGAUUCCUUCCCCCUUAUCUACUGUUUCUUAUUUUGUCUAUUUUAGUUACAGUGUAUCUGAGGCACAACUUAAUAAAGCCUGAUUACAUACACAUUGACUGGUUUUAGUGUUGACCCUCCUUACCCCCCCAACCCGUACACUUUUUUUGAUACUUUAUCUUCUACUGUAUAAAACAUUUACCAGUUUUUGGAACCCAGUGUUCCGCCGUUUUGUAGUUGUCCUCUUCACUCCAUAAGAGGAUCACUGGCCCAGUCCCUUGUAUAAAUUGGUAUAGUGCAAAGCAGAUAAUACAUAUAAUAUUCAUUUAUUUUUAGGAAAUGCAUUAUCCAUGUUAAGGGAAACUAUGGUUGGAGAAAGUAAGGUGUGGAUCAGUGCUUUGGACUUAUGGCAGAAUCUGCAGGAAACAGUACAGCACAUGAAUGAUGUACAAAAUGAUCAAAUAAAAGCAUCAAAAAGGAAGUUGGAAAAUGAUUCAGCACUGUACACAUCAAAACUUUGCAAGAAAGAACAUGGUGCUGGUGAGGUCUGCAUACUUGAUGAACACACAAGCGACAAAUUUUUGACCCAGUCAGAAAACCAGUGUUUUUUUAACGAUGAACAAACUAAUAAUAUCCCCCCCAAAACACUGUUUUCUGCUAAAAGUAUGUUUACUUUUCGAGUUUCAUGCCGAUGUACUGGAGCAAUUGCAAAAUUAUUUACUGCACAGGUAAUGGUUUCUUUCAGGGUUGCAUGUUUUUAUAGUGGUGGUUUUAAUGCAGAGUUGUCUUAGAGCAAGCAUGUCAAACUCAAAGGACAACACUGGCAAAAUAAACAAGUUUUAAGUUUAUGUGGGCUGCAAAAAAACUAUAACUUCAGUUUUCAUAGAAACGUAGAUUUAUUUAGAAAAGUACUGUAUAAAAAAAGUUGCCUAACUGACACUGGACGAAGUAGGGCUUCAAAGUAAACAAAAGAGCAAAUUUAUUUUAAGGAGAUAUGUAUUUGCAUAUAACCAAUGUUUCCGUUCAACUGCCUUGACAUUAAGAAAAGUUUGGUAAUGGGACUGAAAUGGUGAACGUAACAAAUGACGUUAUCUUGUUGAUUUUGCAGUUCUAUGAGUGUGUUCUUCACUUUGGCUGAUAUCAUCAAACUUGAUGAUCUCAGCCAAUCCAAUGCUUUCCUAUAGGAAAGCAUGGGGUGACUAUUGUUUAUGUGUGGUAAAGGGCUGCACGGCCAAUCAGCAUCUCCAUGCAGACCCAAUCUAAUACAUUGCCCUCACACCCCAUUCUAAUACACUGGCCACAAAUCAAAUACACUGCCACCCCUCCCUCCACUCUAAUUGAAUACACUGCCUAUUUAACCCACAUGGCCCCUUCCCUCCCCCAAUUUAAUACACUGGCCCCCUCCCUCAAAUUAAUAGAAGUUAAGUUCCAGCCCAGCUCUUCUCUGCUCAAGCAGGCCAGAUGCUCCUCUGGCACUGCGAGCAGGAGGGAAAGGGGAGUAGCUGGCCUGCAGAAGCAUGCGAUCGGCCGUCGGAGGGAAGACCAGAAUCAGACAGGAAAUAUCUUUGCAGCCACAGAACAAAGUAGCCCCAGGGCAGGUGGGCCGCAAAUAUAUCCAUUGUGGGCCACAGAUUUGACAUGCUUGUCUUAGAGUCACAUUUAUAACUAAUUACAAAGCCAGCUGGUAAAUUUAACCAUUUCAAUGUUUAGCUUUAGAUUUUAAAAACUUUAGUGUAAUAAAUGAAAGUCAAAGAGGUGAAUAUUAUUCUCAUCUCUUUUUUACUGACCCAUGUUGCAGGAAAGCAGACUUAUUUGUUUUUUAACUGCAAAUUAUUACAAGAACUUGGAAUUCUAACGAUCCAGUGGCAUAUAUAAAGUGUUCACUACUUUCAUAUCCUACUCUUUAUUUAGAUGUGACUAUAACUUAUUCUGUCACUCAAAUAUAUGAAAAUGAUAACUUUAAUAUAACAAACUCUUCUAAUACUCUCUAAUUAGACUCUGUUUCAAAUAAAUCCAGAUCCUAAAAGGGACGCUGUAGUCACCGAGAGCACUUCAGCUAAUUGAAGUAGUCUGGGUGCGAAGACCCUUUUGCACUUAGUGCUGCAAUGUAAAACAUUGCAGUUCCAGAGAACUACCAGACAGCCUCUAAAGGGCUUCCGGAAUCCAAACUGACUUUUGUUCCGUUAUCUGACGCUGGACUUCAUCACGGACCUCCAGUGUCAGAUUUUCCCCAUAGGAAAGCAUUGAGGAGCGUAGGCGGAGCCUGACACAGCGCCGAGGGACAUCGAUGCUGGAUUCAGGUAAGUGGCUGAAGGGGGGCGCAAGGCAGCGGGGCACUCUGGGAGCCUAUGGUGCCAGGAAAACAGGUUUGUUUUUUUGGCACUAGAGGAUCCCUUUAAGCUACGAGAGAAAAAAAAAUAGCAUUAACAAGGAGGGAAAAUAAAUGGGAGGGAGAAUAUUUGCAGAGUCUUUCCUAAAAUCUAGAUUUUUACUUUGUUAAAAACUCAUUUUGUUUCUGCGGCAUGAUUGUUAAAAGCUAACAUUGCUACAUCUGUGACAUGAGGAUAUAUAUAUCCUUAUAUUACAGUUGUAAUCAAAGUUAUUCAACCCCCAUUGAAAAUCAGGUUUAUUGUCAAAAUUUAGAGCGUUUCAGCUGUAUGCAAUGAACAAAUCAAACAAAAGCAACUGAAAUAGCUCAACAAAAUGAAUCCUUAAAGUGGUUUCCCCAAAUUCAAUUUAAAUCACAACUUAUAAUGACUAAAUAGGAGAAUUAACUUACCCUGCACUGUGUCAAACCGUCAUCCCUCUGUGCAAUAUGAACAUGCGUGAAGGUGCUCCACGCUCUUGUGAUGAAGCCGUAUGCAUGUGUUGCUAUAGCGACACUGUAUGUAAAAAAAAAAAAUAAAUGGGCAAAAGGGCAAAAGGGCAAAAAUUAAGUGCCCCUAAAAGAUUAAUCAAUAGAAAAUAACAUAUUAUUUCCAGUUUCAUUCAAUUCAAUUUAUAUCUGGUGUACGCACAGUAAUGUAUCUUUAAACUACAAUAAAUGUGUUUAGAAAUCAUUCUGUGUAAAUAAGAUGCAUUGUAACAGCUCUAAAGUGCAAUUUACCAGUCAGAUGAAAUACUGCUUACUGCAAAGUGACCACUGUUUUUUUAUUUACUUUAGGAGCUGGGGCGUGUUAUUGGAAAAGCUCUUGUAAGACAGUUUGGUUGGAAACCUGAUUUGCGGAAGCCAAUUUUAGAGGUAGGAAAUAAGGGAAAAAAAUCUUGGCUAGCAAUUUUAUGGGUAUGGCAUUGCACAAUUGUUAACACUUAUUUAUUUUUGUGGCAAAAUUCUAACCUUGAAUAAUAGGUGCUCUACUUGUAAUCUCAAGUCCUUUCUUUUCAAUAAAUGUUGCCUUCACCAAUGGAAUUCUCGCUACUUCUGUACUAUCUGCUUCUGCAAAACAAAUUAUUGAUAUGCAUAUGCACUACUGUGAAAAAGUACAGGUGUGAAAAAUAAUGUAAUGUAAGAAGGCUUUAAAAAAUAGAAAUGAUAACAGAUUAUUUCAAUCAAUUUAACAAAAUGCAAAUCGAUAUGUGGUGUGACUGCCUUUGCCUUCAAAACAAAAUAUAUUAUUAUAGAUAAACUUGCACACAGUUUUGUAUGAAAUUCGUCAGGUUGUAACAAAUAUCUUGGUGAGCUAAACACGGUUCUUAUGUGGAUUAAGGCAGCCUCUUUUCAUGUAAUACGAGACAGAUUCGAUGAUGUUGAUUUCUGAGCUCUGUGGGAGUUUUACCAAAAUUUCCAUGAUUCAUUGUUCUUCUUUACUCUGAAGAUGGUACUUAAUUACUUUGACUGUAUGUUUGGGGUAAGUUUUAUGCUCAAGUAUUAGUAAAUCAGAUCCCUCCCUGAGGGUACUGCAUGAUGGACAAGUGCCUGCCUGUACUACUGUAUGUUCAUUGAGGAGACCAUUAAUUCUGACAAAAUCCUCAAUUCUACUUGCAGAACUGCAGACACAAACUUGCAAGGAACUUCCACCAUGCUUUACUGAGUUCUGUAGAUACUCGUUCUUGCACUGCCCUUCAGCAAACUACCUUCUGCUAAAGACAAAUAUUUCAGAUUGUGACUCAUCACUCCAGAGCACCUGCUCCAAUUUGUUUGCACCUCAGUUCCUGUGUUUUAAGGCCUUGUCUCCAUGUCAAAGGUAGACCACUUCUGGCCAGAUGUCUAAGGACAGUAGGUGGGUGUACCAGGAUCCUGCUAGUUUCUGCUAAUACUUAGCUAAUAGCACUGCUGGACAUCUUCCAGUUACGAAGGAAAAAAAGUAUGAUGUAUUUUUCAUCUGCUCCACGAAGGUUCCUUGGCCGACCAAUGUGUUAGUGGUCCUCAACAGUGCUUGUUUCUUUGUGUUUCUUUAGAAGAGCAUGGAGUGCACAACUAGAAACCUCUGCCUAGGAAAGAUCCAGUAUAACUAUAUUGUGUCUUGUUGCUAAGUACAGUCUUGUCAUGGUGUAUGACUCUUGAAAUUAAAAGGUCUUCAGCAACCUUAAUUGUUAGCAGAGUUUGGCUGUCUCUCACCCAGGGCUGGACUGGGGAUAUGGAGCAGCCACCGGAAAAAAAAUCUAUGCGAGCCCCAAAGCUCAUUGUGCUAUGUAGUUGCGUGUGUGUUAUAUAUAUAUUUAUUUUUGGUAUAUUUCUUUUACUAAUUCAAAAUAUUAGUCCUUUCAGGGUAAUUAAAUUAUACAGUAAAGAAUACUCACAUGCAGACACCGACAAUCUUACUGAUGCACACAAAUAGGCUCCUUGACAGACAAUCUCAAUGACACACACAGACAAGGUUAAUGGUACACACACAAAUUUAGUACAGACAAAUUCUAAGACACACACAAGCUUACUACAGACAAGCUCACAGUCACACACACAUGCUCACUACAGACAAGCCCACUGACACACACAUGCUCCCUACAGAAGAGCUCACUAACACACAGACAAGCUCACUGACACACAUAUGGUCACUACAGACAAGCUCACUGCACACACAUGCUCACCACAGACAGGCUCAGACCCACCCAUGCUCCUUACAGACAAGCUCACUAACACACACACACACACACACACAUGAUCCCUACAGACAAGCUCACUGACACACAUACAAGCUCACUCACUAGCAGGCACACACAGAAGCUUCCUCACUAGCAGAUGUGUGCACACACACUCACUCACUAGCAGAUGCACAUACACACAAAGACAUCCACACACUCACAGAGGCAGACAUCCACACACACACACAGGCAGGCAGUCUCACACCCACACACUGACCUGCUUCUUACCUCCACAUCCCUGCCGCACGCUAAGCUCCGCCCCACCGCAAUAUUGGGUUUUCCUUUUUUUUUUUUUUUUUUUAUAAACCCGGCAGGCCAUGUGUGAGCUGUGUCAGCCGCCUGGGGCCCUGUGCGGCCGCACAGUUCGCACAUGGCCAGUCGGGAUUACAGGAGCCUGAUCAGUGAUGAUUGGGGCUGUCAGCCCAGCCCCAGGUGCUGCUGCCCACCGGGAAACUUCCCGGUAUCCCGGUGGGCCAGUCCGGCCCUGCUCUCACCCAGUUUUAUUCCUCCUGCACAGCUAUUUUUUUUUUUUUUUUUUUGCUGAUCCACCUCUGAUGAUCACCUUCAAGACUUCUCCAGGGCUGCACCUUUGUGGAACUCCCUUCCCUUCUCCGCUAAACUUUUACCCAGUCUCCAUUCCUUCAAAAAUAAUUGCAAACUCACUUCUUCAGGAAAAUAUAUCAAUUAAACUGUUGGCAGGUUUUCAUCCCUUGACACCCUGACACCUCUCCUACAACUGUCAAAAAUAACCUACUAAGCCCUCAGUGAAUACUUUUCUAGCAACCUAUUUCAUUACCCCUACUUAUACCCUUUGUGUCACUAUACCCCACUCCCUCUAGCAUGUAAGCUCAUUGAGAAGGGCCCUCAACCCCUCUGUUCCUGUGCAUCCACUUGUCUUGUUACAAUUACGUGUCUGUUAGUCCACCCAUUGGCGCUAUAUAAAUAAUAUGAUAAUAUUAAUUUGUAUUUCAAACCAUAAAAUUAAUUGAUCAUCAGCAUCUAUUUGGUUUAUUUAUUUAAUCAUGCACCUUACAAUAGUGUAUUUGUCAUAGUACAACCUAAUUUAUUGUGAAUUAAAGAGCAUUACAUUUUAGCUAUCUGUUGCUAGCAGAAAUGCAAUAGAUUUAAUCCUCUCUAAAAACAUCGUCCCUUCACCACGUGGAAGUGUAGCAAGAAAAAUUAAUGCUGCUGCUUACUUUUGCUAAAAAAAAUAAUAAAAAAGCUCUUUAAAGUGAGCCAUGAGGGAUUCACUUCAACAAACAAAAACUACUACUAUGUUAUUAAGUAUAUAUUUAUUGACUUUGGCAGCCAUUAUAAACUCACCUUGCCUUAUGCUCCAGCACUUGGUUGAUCCAUGGUUCUUACUAUACUGUUAUCACCUCCCUGUGGUCCUCUUUCGUGCCACCUUCUUCUGUGAUUAACUUUGCUUACGGACACUAAUUCUAGCAAGGCUGUCCUCUCUGAUGACACAGACAUACUGGCUUCACUCCCUGCACAUUGCCCUUAGUGUAUUGCCCCAUACCCAACUAGAGUGAGAAAAUCUUGGUUGUUGGAGUCACGAGGAGCAGAGAACCACCUUUUCUAUGAGUUAUUUUGGUCUUCCAGUUACUCUGUUCUCUGCCAUUUCACUGGCAACAGGUCUAUUCCCAAGACAUGAUCAUAACGUGGUGAAGGGACGAUGUUUUUAGAGAGGAUUAAAUCUAUUGCAUUUCUGCUAGCAACAGAUAGCUAAAAUGUAAUGCUCUUUAAUUCACAAUAAAUUAGGUUGUACUAUGACAAAUACAUUAUUAAAUUACAGUUUAAGGAACAGUGCACACACAAAACCAAAUGCAGUUUUACAUUUUACAAGGAAGUCUCCUAUCUUGGCAAAUAAGUAUGGGGGCGUAGCCUUGUUCAAUUUAAAACUGUUUUUGUUUGUGCGUUGUUCCUUUAACUGUUUUUUUUUGUAUAGAUUGUGGUCUUUACUGCAGCACCACUAUUUAAAAAUGCAUGUUCUGGGUGUGCCCCCAAUUACUAUUUUUUUCAGUGUAGAUAUACUUUUUUAAAGGGACACUGUAGGCACACGAACCACUACUGCAUAAUGUAGUGGUUCAUGUACGAAGAUAUUUUAUUGUUCAGUCUGCAGGGGAAAACUGUAUUUUCUGAGGAAAGGCAGUGCUUAUAUUGCUGCCAAGCACCACCUCUCAUGCAGGACCAAUGCUUGUCACCGAAUUAAUGCAUAAAUGUGACGGAACUCCUGUACUCUGACCGAGUACCUCUGCCCAGUCCGCUUUCUAGCAGCUUGCAGGGACCCUGGAACACUUCAGCCCCAGUCACCGAAGCUUGACUGGGGUCCUUGUGGAGCUCUCCUUCCAGGCAGGUAUCGUCCCCUCUGCCUUAUACACUGCAAUCCUGCAUGUAUAAGACUAGGGUGGGAAAUGCAGCAGCUACUGGUAAAUUUUUAAAUAAAAUUAGAUCCUAAAAAAAUUUCAUUAAUUUAAUAUUUAUUUUGUGUAUAUAAUGAAUGCAGUGUGUGUAGUGUGUGUGUAUGAAUGCAGUGUUUGUAUGUGAUACAGAGUGUGUAACCUUGGUGGGGGUGGGCAUUUUUUUUUUAAAUUAUUAUUUUAAUAUUAUUAUUUUUUUUAUUUUAUUUUUUUUAUUUUAAUAUUAUUAAUAUUUUUAUUAUAUUAUUAUUUAAAUUUUUGUAAUGAGCCCGGCAGUCCUUGUCUGUAUUAUGGCAAUGGAAGUUGCCAUAAUACAGACACUCACUCGAGCAUAAGACGAGUGGGAGUUUUUCAGCACAAAAAUUGUGCAUAUACAUAUAUAUAUAUUAUUAUUAUUAUAAAAUAUAAAUAAGUAUAUAAAAAAAUAAUUUUUAAUAAUUUUAAAAAUGUGUAUAUAUAUAUAUAUAUGUAAUUUUAUUCUAACUGUAAUGUUGAUAUUAAUAUAUAUAUAUAUUUAUAUCAAAAUACACUUAGAAUGAAAUUAUAUAGAUCUAUGUAUAAAUAAAUAAAUAAAAAUAAUACGAAAUAUACAUAUGUCCAUAUACAUAAUUACAUAAAUAAUUUCAUAAAUCUACACGUAGACUUCAAAUAUAUAAAUAUGUAUAUAUAAUUAAAUUCUACGUGCAUAUUUAUGUAAUAUUAUUACAUAAUUAAGUAAUUUUAUUGAUUGCAAUUUGAGGGACAUGUCUGAAAACCCAGGCCGAAAGUCCAGAGAAUUUAAUUUGCACUAAAUUUAACCCUGUAACUAUCCAAGACACGUUAAAACCUGUACAUGGGGGGGUAGGGUUUUACUGAGGAGACUUCGCUGAACACAAAUAUUAGUGUUUCAAAACAGUAAAACCUAUCACAGUGAUGAUCAGGGGCGGGCUGGGCCGGGGGGCAGGGAGGCAAUUGCCCCCCAGGCCGCCCUAAAUUCCUGUAAGGCCGGCCGCGGCGGGCCGGCCCUUUAAAUACUGCAGCCGCCUGAGCGCUCUGUUAAGAACCUCAGGCGGCUGCAGCUUCUCCCCUCCCCUCCCCUGUAGCGUGGCCGAGCUGCACUCCGAUUCACACAAUGCAUCCCUUACACACAACCAGAAACACGUAAUACAUCCCUUAUACACAAAUACACACUGCUUCCACUACACACAAACACACUACAUCACCUGCACAAACUGGUAACCCUAUACACUACAUACCAUAAGCACACAUAUUAGAUCCUCUACAAUAACACAUAACACAUCCCCUACACACUCCACUCCCUGUGAGCGAACUCAUGGGUGGGUGGAACUUAUGAGUGGGCCUUAUGGGCAUACUCACCGUCAGGCCCUGGGGCCCAGACCUUGAGCUGUGUAAGGGGCCCCAAAAAAUGGAGCUGCUUCCAAUUCUCCCAGAACAUUGAAUUUUGUGACCACAGCUGCAAACAGCCUCCAGAGAUCCUGUUCUACACCAGACCAGUGGAGCCAAUCUGCAGCCCAUCAUCAUCCUCAUCUGCUUGUAAGUAGGCAAUCUAGUAUAUUAUUAGUGACGCUAAUCUAUAAUGUACCUCACAUUAAAGGGACACUAUAGCUUAAUGAAGUGGUUCUGGUGUCUAUAGCUGGUCCCUGCAGGCUUUUUAAUGUAAACACACACUGUGUGCAGCACUGGCGUUAGUUCAUAUGGGUGGGGCAUUGUGAUGUCACAUGGGGGGGCAGCAAAUUUUUAUUUUGUCUAGGGCGGCAAAAAUCCUUGCACCGGCACUGAUCCUGGGCAGGUGCACCAGUCUACUGGUGACCCACAGGAGGGGAGUGCACUGAUUGCACUGCACUCUCCUCCUGUCCAGCCCCAUCUUUACCGCAGUGCAAGUGCCCUCUGCCCCUAAUUUACAGUGGCUCACACUCACAACAAGCAGUGCCUGGAGCCGUGAAGGAGCGGGUAUGGCAAAGAGCUACUGAUUAGCAUAACAUCAAUAUCCGUUAUAAAACCAGGAAAAGGUGGGCAUGGAUGGUGAACUGAUUUGGUGGUGCAAUGGGCCACUUGACUGGUUUUGCCCCCCAGGCCUAAGGCUGCCAGCCCUCCCCUGGUGAUGAUAUUGUCAGUGAAAGUGACGGUUUAUGCAUUUUUCACACACAAACAGCACUUUCACUGAUGAUAUUGUUGUGGUACAUUUUACUGUUUUGAAACCCUAAUAUUUGUGUUCAGUGAAGUCUCCCGAGUAUAACACUACCCCUCCUCCCCCAACCACCCCUUGUACAGGUUUUUGAAAGUUACAGGGUCAUAUAUAAGCCUUGAUUUUUCACAUUGCAAUUUGGUUAUGUUGCCUUUGAGAGUGUGGAAGAAUUUUUGGGUCAGAGAUGACUCCAGACACAGGUCGUUGAAGAACAAAGGCUAUUUAUUGUUUUGCAGCUGCAAAAUCUCAGUCAGACAAUAGUCUUGGAAUACCUGACUGAGCACACAUUUACAAGAGAACAAAGAAUAUAUACCACAAAUGACAUACUCCAUACGUAUACAAAAAUUACACCCACAUUACUAUAGUUACUAGGGAUGUGCAUGGGCAAAAAAUUUGUUUCAGCUCAGCACUUCCUGAAUUCGGGACUAAGGCACUUCGGUAAUUGCCUAACCCUAACCUUGCCCCUAACCCCAACACCACCCCAAACCCUAGUAGGAUUGGAGUAGAGUUAGGGUUAAAUUCCUGUCAUCAUUCCCUUAAUUUUCCCUCCCUCUCCUGUUUUGCCACUUUUCAGAAAUCCGAAGCACUUUGGCACUGUCAAAGUUCGGCAAUUCGAUUUGGUUCAACACUUCCGAAAUUCGCCAGUUUCGACAAUCGGAAGCACCCAAAUGUCCAAAUUGCCGAAAAUCGGCCGAAUUUAAAUUUGGACCGAAACGAAUCGCACAUGUCUAAUAGUUACAUCCAAUUAUUAAACUAAAAUGUAUCUCUUACAUAUGUUAUUUAAUAGUGGACAUUCCUGACAUUCCACACAUGCGCCCUUGUUUUAGAUAGUUGCACAGUAGUUUUAACCAUUUGAAUACUUAACUUUUCUUAAACAUCCUGUAGCUUUUACCACAAGAGCAUAUGGUAGCCCAGGAAUGAGAAUUACCCCCAUGAUGGCAUACUAUUUGCAAAAGAAAGACAACCCAAAGUAUUGUAAAUGGGAUAUGUUCAGUCUUUUUUAGUAGCCACUUAGUCACAAAUACUGGCCAAAAGUUAGCGUUCAUAUUUGUUUGUGUGUCAAAAAUGCAAAAAACUAAUUUGAACGCUAAUUUUGGCCAGUGUGGCUACUAAAAAAGACUGGACAUACCCCAAAUUGAAUACCCUGGGUUGUCUACUUUAAAAAAAAUAAAUAUGUACAUGUGAGGUGUGAUUCAGAGAUUUAUGACAGAUAACCGUGUUACAAUGUCACUAUUGAUAAAUUUUAAAAAUAUAUAUUUUGAAACAGCAAUGUCCUACUUGUACUUAUAGCACUAUAACUUGCAAAAAAGCAUGUAAACACUGGGUGUUUUUAAACUUGGGAAAAUUUGGAAUCUAUUUAGCAGUUUUUUUCAUUAGUUUUUGUAGAGGAGUAAACGAUUUUUCAAGUAAAAGUCAAAAAACAUGUUUUUUUUUUUUUUUGUUUUUUUUUUCACCAUAUUUUAUUAUAUUUUUUUAAAGUAAGUUAUAUGAAAUGAUACAAAUAAUGGUAUGUAAAGAAAUCCCUUCUUGUCCUGAAAAAAAAUAUAUAAUUUGUAUGGGAACAGUAAAUGAGAGAGAGGAAAAUUACAGCUAAACACAAACACCACGAAAGUGUUAAAACAGCCCUGGUCCCUAACGUACAACAUGACCAGAACAGUCCGGUCCUUAAUGGGUUAAAUGGGAAUCUAAUUUUAUAAUUUAUCAACAGGCAAGCAUUCCUUUUGUGUCCAUAUUCAUUUAUUGGAGUCAUGUAGAUCCUGCUCUGAUUUAAAGUGAAUGGAGAAACAAAAUCAUCUCAUCCACUUGGCUGUUCUACUAAUUUAUUGGGUGUUGUUUCCUGUAAUAGGUCCUGCCUUACAUAGUUUAGGGACUAAUACAAAUUGUGUGUUCUCUUUCCUUUAGAAAGUUAAUUGAUCUGUCUUUCUAACUUGAUUAAUUUCCAUGGGAAUGAAAUAAUUUAUAUUGAGUUGUGAGAUAGGAGAAAAGCCUUUGGAUGACCGUUUAUCUUGUCUUGACCUUAUUAAUUUUUAGAAGGUUUAAAUCCCUAUAUUUAUCCAAAAAUUACUUGAAAACAUUACAUAUUGAAGAAGAGUGGAAAAGAAACAUAAUUGUCAACUGAACAAUACAUUUAAUAUACAAAAAAAGAAAACCACAGGAAACCUCAGAUCUAUCACAGAAAAUAGCGGAACUGGAAUGGCAUCAUAAAACCCCAGUAGAUGAUAAACAACUGGUUACAGCCAGGGCAGACCUGAAUUCACACCUCUCCCAAAGGAUCGCCUUUCAAUUCUGAUAGGCACAGAAAACAUUAUACGAUUAUGGUAACAAAAGCAGUAAGAUACUGGCAAAAGCCCUGAGGAAAUCCAGUCAGAAAAGCUUCAUAUCAGAAAUACAACGGAACCUCUUGAGUCACCCCAAAGUCAAUUGCUGAGGAAUUCCGGUUGUUCUACGAAUCCCUGUACAAUCUCCCCAAACACGACACGGACACCAGAGACCCUGACACAAGCAGAACUGCUGCACAAAAAACGUAUCUAACCACACACCUUAAAUCCAGGAUUCAUGCAGACAUGAUCUGCUCCCUGGAGGACCCGAUUACAGCAGAAGAGCUGUCUUUGGCUUUGAAACUAGCCAAGAAUGGAAAGAGCCCCUGACCUGAUGGCUGCACCAUCAAAUAUUAUCAAAACCUACUUCCAAACACUAGCACCUCACCUACUUGGCAUGUCCAAUGUGAUUUAAGGAUGGUGGGACCCUCGAUCCCAAUGCGUUAAUGGCACACAUUGUAGUGUUGCCAAAGGAAGGUAAAGACCCCAGAACGUGCCCAAGCUACAGGCCAAUCUCCCUGUUGAACACCGACCUGAAACUCUUUGCGAAGAUUCUAGCACUCCGCAUCCAAGCCAUCCUGCCAAAACUGAUCCACCCGGGUCAGUUGGGAUUUGUAAAAAAACAGGAAGCCAGGGACAACACCACCAAAGUAAUCAACCUGAUACCUGCAGCCCGGACAAGAUCUACCCCCUCACUCCUGGUAUCCACUGACGCGGAGAAGGCGUUCGACAGGGUGGAUUGUACCUUCUUGUUUGUGACAUUGCAACAACUGGGAAUUGGCCUGAACAUGAGAGCAUGGUUUGAAGUUCUAUACAAUAAGCCUUAGGCACAAGUCUACGUGAACAGCAAACUGUCCAGCCCAUUUAUGAUACGAAAUGGUACUCGCCCUUGCUGUUUUUGCUAAGCUUGGAACCCUUUCUACAUGCGAUUCAGGAGCGAUCAGACAUCAAAGGCAUAGGAGGCAAGUCGGGUGAAAGCUAGAUAUCGGCCAAUGCUGACGACUUGCUGUUCACAGUGCGGAACCCGCAAUCUUCACUCUUGGCCAUCAUGCAGGAAUUCAACAAAUACAGCUCUCUCUCAAACCUGCGAAUCAAUUACACAAAAUCCGAGAUAUUGCAUUUGGGCUGUGACCGCACCUUAAUCGCAUCCCUGAAGACGCAAUUCCCAUUUCAAUGGUGUAAAGACGCGAUCAAAUAUCUGGGCAUAUGGCUCACUGUAGCGAAGUGGUCCGGAACACAUAUCACCUGGCUCAGAAGAGUGAACGUUCUUAAAAUGAAUGUACUACCACGCUUCCUAUAUCUACUACAGACGCUCCCGAUCUUUGUCCCCCAGACCUCCUUCACCCAAGUACGUAAGGCUUUUACACAAUAUGUAUGGCAAAACCAGACUGCCAGGAUAAAAUGGCAUUCUAAUAAAACCCAAACCACUGGGCGGACUGGGUAUCUCACUGAUCUGGUCAAAUAUCACCAAACUAUAAACCUAUCACCGAAUGAUCCUUAGCACCAAAGGACAAGCUUUGGAUCGCCAUAGCUUCUCAACACUGCCUCUACAUACGCUCCCCACGAUAGCUGCCAUCCUGGCUAUCUGGAAGAGGAUAUCUGACAAGCUGAACCUUUCGCCACAUAUUUCACCCCUCUACCCCAUCACUGGCAACCCAUCGUUCCGCAUCAUCAACUCCACAAGAACCAUGAUCAGCCUCAGAAUGCCAUCACCCUGUAGGCUCCAACAUGUGCUAGCCAACGGGAACUUCAUCCCACUAACAGAACUGCCCAUACCCGAACCCCCGAGUCUACUAACACACUUCAGAUACCACCAGCUAGUCCGCCUGCUUUAGCAAAUCCCAAAUCUGCCCUCAGCAGCGCGAACACUUACUACUUUUGAAAUCAUAUGCACCCAAUCCGCACCCCCACCACACGCCAUCUACCUGCUAUACCGACUCCUGAACUCAACACAGGGAAGUCUCAACUUCCCUGUUUCGUCAGGCAUUAGGAGACCUUGGUCACCCCUUGACGCAAGAACAAUGGAUUAAUGCCUUCACGAUGACACAUAAAACCUCCAUCAGCAUGAAGUACCAAGAAUCUGGAUACAAAAUGAUAUCUCACUGGUAUAAAACACCUGAGAAACUUGCAUUCAUGCACACCUCGUGUGCGCCGGAGUGCUGGAGAUGUGGCAGUGGGCUAGGCACGCUGUUCCAUAUCUGGUGGGUCUGCCCCGGAUUCAGCCUCUCUGGGGGGAGGUGCACCGUAUAGUCUCCACACUGACGGAUAACUCGAUUGAUCUCUUCCCUGAGAGCUAUCUGUUCCACCUGACCCACCUACCGCUGGCUAUUUACAAGAAGACAAUCACCCCAUACCUGAUCAAUACAGCGUGCAGCCUGAUUCCUCCAUGGACGAUUGGGUCAACAGAGUAGAGUAUAUGCGGUCCAUUGAGGAACUUAUCCUGAUUGCAAGAGGGAGACAUCAGAUAUACCAGAAGAUCUGGUUUCUUUGGCUGCGGUGGCUGACUACCAGAUAGGUGUGUCUAGGACCCCACAGGACCAGAAUCCUGCCCCACUGGACGAACUACGAGGCGUGGUGGAGGAGGGGCGAUGACAUUCGCCCACCAACCCACCCCUUAUCUCCCUCCCCUCCGCUUUUUUUCUUCUCUUCUCUCACUCUCUCUCCCCCCCCCCUACCCUGAUCUCUCUGAGACCCACCGAUACUGCUCUAAACCCAAUCCCCACCGCCUGAUCCCUAAUCUACACAGACAGGAAUGAAGUCCACGCUACCAUAGACCAUAGGUAUGCCCCUCCCUUGGGUCACCUCUCAAUCUCCCUAUUCCACCUCUAGCUGUAGCACUGCCAAUGAGCUACCGAUGAGCGGUGAUGAUGAAUUGGGGAACACAGACCCACCCUGUAUCAGCGCACCUGCUCAUAACGAUCCCCAUGCCAGCCUGUUACCAGAUAUGGGAUAUAUACUAUACUGUAUAUACUACUAUGACAAUCAACAAGCAUGCUCCUAUAGACUCCCAUGCAAAUCUGGCAUUCAUUUUAUGAAAUGUUGUAAUGCUACUUUCCACCCAGGAUACAGUCAAUAUUACUCAAUCUCGCUUCGCUCACGACCCAGAGAUAAUAAACCUUGACCUUGACUAAACCACAGUCGUAUAGAAAACACUGCAUACUCCCAGAGAUACCGGGGUUACUUCCCAUUUCCAUUCUCACAUUAUACUAUCCUAGCUUAUUUAUUCCUCCUACACUCCCUACAGUAUAACAAAACAGAGAGUAGAGUCAGCGCUAAUCGGAGAGGCAGCAGUCCCAAACAAGGACUCCCUCAAAUGUCUUUAGGAAUAGAUAAGCAAAAAACAAAUAAAUAGGGGAUGGGUCUGCGCCAAUGUACAAAAUAAAUAACAAUAACAAGUCCAAUUGAAUCUUAUAUGGUGUCUCCGAAGUUGUAGGGUUCUACUUGUUACGGUAUCCAAAAGAUGUGGAGGAAGGUGGUGAGUGAUGAGAAAAAUGAUCCAACAUAGUAAAAAUAGGAGAGGUCUUACUUACAGUUGACAGAGCUUAAUCCAUCUCUGGUGUGAAUGGCUUGCAGCGGUAUUAUCCCCGCUUACAGGAUAUACGGCGAGUAGCCUCUUCUAUGUAGUGACAGACGGCCAAGUGGGAGAUAAAAAUAAAAACAAUAAUGGUGCAGUAUGUUCCACACGUGAAAUAAAAGAUGCUAAAAUAUAAUAGAUACACUCACAUUCGGUAGAGCUUCUGCUAGCUCUAGUUUUGUAGGUGUCCAGCGGUAUAAUCCCCGCUUGUAGGAUAUAAGAUGAGUGUUCUUGAUGGUAGUAUCAGGAGCUCGGAGAGAAGAUAAAACAGCGAUAGUGCUCUCAAUAAAAUAUUGUUGAUGUAUAAAAUAAUAAAAUAUACUCGCAGUGUAUAGGGCAGGCUUGGGAUUCUUUGGAGUAUAAUACCAGGAAGUAAAAUAAAUAAAAGGAAAAAGUAUAUAAAAUGUAUAUAAUAUAAAAUAUAUAUAAAAGGCCAGCUAAUAGUCAAAAGAUAAUGGUAUAAACGUAAAAAGUGACCAAAAUCUAUUUAUUAACAGUAUAUAAAAACAGUAUAAUAUCCAAACGUGUUUCACCAAUAUAAGGCUUUAUAAAUGGAUAAAAAACCUCCUCAUAGAGAUUAAUUGAAUCAAUGCAUCUCUAUGAGGUAAAUUCAGUGGCUGCAUACAGAGGGUGAAGACACUGAAUGGCAGUGCUGCUCAUCUGAGGAGUGGCCAAUGGAGGUAUCACUAGGCUGUGAUUUAAACAGUGCAUUUUCUCUGAAAAGACAGUGUUUAUUGCAAAAAACCUGAAGGGAAAGAUUCUACUUACCAGUUGUAGUUGUUCUAGUGACUAUAGUGUCCCUUUAACUCAACCGAUUUGAUCUCAGUAAUACCCACACUCUCACAUAUAUACAUAAGCAUGUAUGGGAAAGAUUGGGUUUGGUCAUCUACAUGUGUGGGUACAGAUAAAUGCCCAUAUUCAAAUAGGAACUGGGGCAUAUAGAUCUAGGAAAAGGGACACUAUAGCUUUAGAAAUACAGAUUUGCAUUGCUAACACUGCAGAGUUCCUUUAAGAGCUUGAUUAUGCGUCAUGAAACCUGCCAUUAUUUAUUUAUUUGUCUGUUUAGCAAAUGAAUUUGAAUGUGGGGGGAAAAAAGACCUUAAUUCAAUAAAAUACUUUUUUUGUGUGUGUGUGUGUGUGUGAGAAUAUUUACAUUUCAUGUGUUUAAAUGCUACUUUCAUUUACUUCUCACUGUAUUUUAUCUAAUAGGUAUUUGUGCAUAUCAAUGACCUUUAUUCAGUGGUGGGAUUUCCAAUAAUGAGGUAAUUGUUGUUAUUCUGUUUGUUUUAUUUUCUGUUUAUUUAAAAGAACGCUUCAAAAUUGAUAUUGCUUUCAAUGUACCUAUAAAUGUUUAAAUACAUUCUUGCAACUCUGACUCCAGAGUGUCCAUUGAAAAUGACAUUCUAAGCACCAUAACUAGUCCUUCUCAUUGGGUAGGGUGCAAGGAGUUUAUUUCCAGUGUCUUCAUCUGUCCAUUUCAUUACAGCUACAAUAUCUUUAUGAAAAUGUCUGCAGUUCUAUGCCCAUCCUAACCCUCAAUGAAGCCAUAAGGGAAACUUUAUUUAUUUUUAUUUUUUUUAUAUAUUUUAUACAAGUGCAAAUCUUAAAGGGUUACUGCGUUGAUUAACAUUUUGCCCCCUUGCCAAGCUUUUCUUGCACUAUCUAUCUAUCUUACCUCUACACCUUCCAAGUAUAAGUGUAUAAUUUAACAAUGCAUUCUUCAUUAUCAUUGUUCUUUAGGCAGCCUUUGGCAAAUAGAGCAUAUAUUCAGAGUACAGGUCUGCGAUCUACAACUGCAUGGGCCAUGGUGACACUUGCUGAAAUCAGUGUAAGUGGAAUAUAUUCUAGGACAUGCAGCUAGUAUAUUUUUUUAGUAUAUUUUCUCUCUGUGAUGUAUGCAUAAAAAUAUAUGAAGGUACUAAAUAACACCCCUAAGUAGUAUUAACCCCUUAGGGACCAAACUUCAGGAAUAAAAGGGAAUCAUGACAUGUCACACAUGCCAUGUGUCCUUAAGGGGUUAAAGGGCUAAGAUAAAGAGUGUGCAGGAAAUAGUAGUGGAGGAAGAGAAGACUUUAUUUAAAGUAUGGACCCUGGCUAAAUUUCUAACUAGGAAGAAUCAGAGUUUGCAGGCUGCUAUUUGUUUUUAUAUACCGUAUGACUAUAAUCCUGUGAGUGGAAUUAUAGUUGUACCCAGAACCAUUUGUUCACAUUUUGCUGUUAGUUUGUUGUCCUCUAUUUUCAAAGGUACCGUAAUGCCACAAGAGUUUCCUUUUUAGGUUUAUGGGUAAAUUUUCAGUUUUACUGAUCAAACACAGGUCUCGUAUAUCCAUUGCAAGUGCAAAAACAUGCACUAAUACUACAGUAUGCUUUGCAGGUUGGUGAGUCUGCAUGUGGGGAGAGUAUAUAAGGAAAACAGAGAAGAAUGGAUUGGCGAGAACUGUGAAACACAGCAAAGGGAAAUAAAGAGAGCUUAAAUUUAUUUGUACGUUUCCUCAAGUCUUCCUUUGCAUUGAGGUUAUACUAGGAGUUUUAAAAUAUUAUUGUAGUAUUCUUGUUGACGUCCCAUUUUGUCUUAUCUUACAGGCCAAAACUAUUGUCCUUGAUCCUAUGUGUGGUGUGGGAACAAUAUUGUUGGAAGCUGCAAAGGAGUGGCCUGUAUGUUAAUAAGUGUUUUUAUUGACUUAAAAUAUCAAAAGUUCGAUUUGUUGAAUAUAUAUUUUGCAUAUUUAAAUGUAAUUUUAAGUCCAUUGUUAAUGUAAAUUUGUACUUUUUAAGAUUUGCAUUAAUCUUUCUCUUGAUAGGGUCACAUAUGAACACAGACUCUCUGUGUUGGGGUGUGUGUGUGUGUGUGUAUAUGUAGGUAUGUAUGUGUGUGUGUAUAUAUAUAUAUAUAUAUAUAUAUAUAUAUAUAUAUUGUGUGUGCUCGCGCAUGUCUUGUAACUUUAACUUGGCAUGUCCCUUUCCACCCAGGUGCAAUCUUCAGCAAUAAAUAUAAAUGGAAGUUUAGAGAAAAGGUAAUAACAUUUCUGUCCCAAUCUGGGAUACAUUUGCUACCAACACAAAGACAUCACAUUUAUAAGCUAAAACUGAAGAUAAUAUGAGGUAUAAAGAUUAGGGAUCGACUGAUUAUCGGUCUGGCCGAUAUAGGCCGAUAUUCUGUAUUUUCAGCAAUAAAGAUACCGAUAUUGCCGAUAAUGCGGGCCAGGGUCCUGGGGGAGCUGAAGGGAACUGCUGUAAAGGUCAGUAAGAGUGUGCUGGGACCCCCAAGGGAAUGCCAUCCCUCCCUGGCCAGGUAAGAAGCAGGGAGGGGGGACUAAAAAACCCCCCCUUAAGCCCCUACAUUUUAUACAUACUACUAUACACACACUGCACAAACAAACACACACUCUCUGCGUUGAUUAUACACACUACACAAACACACACUGCAUUAACUAUACACACACUACACAAACACACACUGCAUUCACUAUAUACACACACACUACACAAACAUAUACACACUCUUCAUCCACUACACAAACACACACACACUGCAUUCACUAAUCAAAUACUCUCACUGUAUCCAUUACACGCACAUAUAUUCUUGAAAACAUAAAAAAUUCUGGCUGGUAUGUAUAUUUUGUGCAUUUACCUUAAUAAAAAAAAAAAAAAAUUAAUAAUAAACAUGUUGAAUUAACAGUAGAUUUGUGUAGAGAUAGUAAUUUUUAUUUUAUUUUUUUUAAUGGUAAAUAUACAAAAUAUCAGUAUCGGUCGAUCCCCAAUAAAGAUACCAAAGAGAAGCAGUGAUGCAACUGAAACCAUGCUUAAAAGGUGCUAAAUGACCAAUGUAAACCUGGUAAUUAAAGGGAUACUAUUAAUGCCAGGAAUACAAAGCUGUAUUCCUGGCACUAUAGCUAAAACCCUUUAUUUACUUACCUGAUUCCAGCACCGAUCCGGUAAGUAAGUAAAGGGUUUCAGCUAUAGUGCCAGAAAUACAGCUUUGCUCUGCAAAUUAAUCAAUUAAUUAUUUUCUAUGGGGAAAAUGCAGAGCGUGAGCAUGUCCAGCGUCCAUUACCGGACCAAAGGUCUGUUAGCUGACAGCCACUGGAGGCAGACUUAGUGCUGCAAUGUAAACACUGUACCCAGACCACGUCAAUGAGCUAAAGUGCCUAUAGGGUCCCUUUAACCCUGUCACUUUUUCAAAAUCCAGGUUAAAAUAGAUAGAUUGGAAAAGUUCCCCAGGUCAGGUAUGCUACCAGUUUAUCUGCAUUGGUCUACAAUUUAAAAUUCACUUCAUAUUUAUAGAAAUUCUCUUUUAACAUGCACGGGUAGGUAAUGCUAGUGUUUACUUGUUUAUAUUGGUCAUAGAAACAUAGAAUGAGAAGGCAGAUAAGAACCAUUUGGCCCAUCUAGUCUGCCCACUUCGAAAUACUUUUGAUUAGUCCCUGGCCUUAUGCCAAUCCCACGCAUGCUUAACCCCUUAAGGACCAAACUUCUGGAAUAAAAGGGAAUCAUGACAUGUCACACAUGUCAUGUGUCCUUAAGGGGUUAAACUCGUGUUAACCUCUGCCACUUCAGCUGGAAGGCUAUUCCAUGCAUCCACUACCCUCUCAGUAAAGUAAUACUUCCUGAUAUUAUUUUUAAACCUUUGUCCCUCUAAUUUAAGACUGUCCUCUUGUUUUGGUGGUUUCUCUUCUUUUAAAUAUAGUCUCCUCCUUUACUGUGUUGAUUCCUUUUAUGUAUUUAAAUGUUUCUAUCAUAUCCCCCCGUCUCGUCUUUCCUCUAAGCUAUUCCUGUUAAGUUUUAUCCUGAAAUCCAUGAACCAGUUCAGUAGCCCUUCUCUGAACUCUUUACAAAUUAUCACUAUCCUUCUGAAAAUAUGGUCUCCAGUACUGCGUACACUACUCCAAGUGAGGUCUCACAAGUGUUCUGUACAAUGGCAUGAGCACUUCCCUCUUUCUACUGCUAAUGCCUCUCCCUAUACAACCGACUCUGUUGCUUUCAGUAGUGCAACUUUUAUAUAAUCCCAUAUCUCCUGAACUCCAUUUAAACUGCUCAGUCUGAUAAGGAAUCGUUAUGCAUAUUCUUAUUUUAGAAAAGUCUGGUUUUCUAAAAUCUAAAACUUUUGUUUUUGUGUGGUGUGACCACACUGACUGGUGAUCACUAGAUCCUAAACUUUCACCUACAGUAAUAUCUGAUACUAAAUCUCCAUUUUUUAACACUAAAUCUAGUAAGGCCUCCUUAUGAGUUGGUUCCUCAACGACUUGUUUUAGAGACAAUCUCAGUAGGGAGUUUAGCAUAUGUGUGCUCCUGGCACAAGCAGCUGUUUUGGUUUUCCAGUUCACAUCCAGAAGAUUAAAGUCACCCAUGAUAAUAACUUCGCCCUUCAUUGUCAUUUUAGCUAUUUCCUCAACUAGUAGAUUAUCUAACUCUUCUAUUUGUCCAGGGGGCCUGUAAAUCACACCUACACGAAUUACUGUGUGAUUUACAAAUUCUAACGUAACCCAAAUGGACUCCAUGUUUGCCUCACUAACUUUUAUUAGUUUAGAUUUUAUGCUAUCCUUCACAUACAGGGCCACCCCUCCCCCUUUUUUGCCUUCUCUAUCUUUUCUAUGUAAAGAGUACCCUAGUAUUGCUAUAUCCCAGUAAUUCUUCUCAUUAUACCAUGUCUCAGUAACUGCCACUAAAUCUACAUUCUCAGUUGCCAUUAUUGCCACAAGUUCAUGAAUCUUAUUCCCUAAUCCGUGAGCAUUUGUAGACAUGACUUUAAGCUUAUAAUUUUUUAACACACUCGCUAGUUACUUUCUGUCCUUGCUUUGGGGGUCAAUUGGAUUGAUGUUUAUCACCCUUUUGUCCCCCCCUCCUAGUUGAAAUACUUUCUAGCAAAACCUCUGAACUGCUCUUUGAGAACAUUUGUUCCAUUUUGCAAACCAUCUUUUUUGUAUAGUUCAUUUGUAUUCCAAAUAGAGCUACCAUGAGAAACAAAGGCAAAUCCUUGCUCCCAACACCAUUCACCAAGCCACAAAUUAAAGUCCCUAAUACGCAUCCGCCUGUCGUUCUGAGUGUUAUGCACAGGCAGAACUUAAGAGAAUGACACUGUGGACACAACCUACUGUAUAUCAUUGGCAAGAACAUAAAACACUUCCUUUACCUCAGAAACCACAUUACAAGCCAAAUCAUUUGUCCCAAGAUGGACAAGUACAUCUGAUUCCCCUUCCUGCUCUGCUUGCUUCUCAAUAUUACAAAUAGGUCUCCUGUCUCUGUGAGCAGUAGCUCCAGGAAGACAUCUCACAAAGCCACUAUUGUCCAACUCCACACCUCUUAAGAUAGAAACCCCCAACAACAACUGCUUUCUAUCAGGCCUCACCUUGUCCUUUUUUUCAUUGGCUGCAUUCUUGCUCACCUUAGGCAUAGAGGAUGAUGGUUCCACACACUCUGUACCUGAGCCUGUCUCCGUAACACCACUAUAAUCUGAAAGUGCAGAAAAUGAAUUAUGUAAAGAUACAGACUGUGCAGUAUGCCUUUUUGUCCACAUCUCUAAGUCUACCAGAUUCUACAGUAAUCCAUCUGCCAUUCCUAGGACAUCUCUGCAGCAGUGGAUUUGCAAAAGUCCCAGCCUGAGUUUGUUUAACAGAUCAUUUACAAAUCUCAGACUUCAAAGAUACAAUCUCCUGCUGCAAUAUAGAGAACUGUCUACAGAUUAGACAACAUCCAAACCUCCAAAAAGCAAUGUGUGAAACAAAUGCACAACAACUAUGACACUGAUCGAAGUCCACCUUCUGUGUACCUCAGACUACCUCCAGUACCUGGCCAUAUCCGUUUAUGUCCUUUACAAUUUUCUGAUAGACAUGUCCAGGUUGGUCAUCACAUGAGGGAAGAAACUUGAAGACACAGGUGGGAGAAAGAUGUGAGGAAUGGAAAAAAGAGAUGGGGAAGGCAGGGAAAAGAGAAAAUUAAUAAUUUAAUUUGGAUAAUUUUUUGAAAUUAUUUUUCAUUUUUCAAUAAAAUGUUAAAAUGACUUUUGAAAAUUGUUUUAUUUUUUGAAAAAAAUCUUUUCAAAAGUUUGUCGGAAAAUAUUACAUCGAGGCCUAGUUUAGCAAACAUUAGAGGGGUGGGGAAAGAGUGCAACAGUCUUGGAGAGUUAAAAAAUAAAGUGUGUGUAUAUAUAUAUAUAUAUAUAUAUAUAUAUAUAUAUAUAUAUAUAUAUAUAUAUAUAUAUAUAUUUGUACCUGGUAAAAAAAAAUACUUGCAGAGAGAUUGAAAAUGAAAUAGAUGAGGAAAGAACACUAGAGCAAAUGUGGUGAAUAAAGAUGAUGGAGAGUGAGGACACCAAUAUAGAUAUUUAUUUAUUUUUGUAUACAUUAUUAUAUUGAGUACCCACUGCCCAGGGAAGCACGUGUUUCAUAGAAAUCUUAUUGCAAGUUUAUUUUAUGGAAUAAAUAAAAUAAUUUGUACUAAUAAUUUUUUAAAUGUCAAGUUUUAAAUGUGAGAUCUACUGUAACACGCAUACCAUUUUCAUUUUAUGGUUUUAACUGUAUUGUAUUUAUCAUCGUUAGUUUUUAUUUUAUUUAACAGCAUGUACACUUCCUGGGAAUGGAUAUAAAUGCCUCACAGUUGAAAAAUGCAGUUGAUAAUGUGAAGGCAGCUGGUGUUGAAGGCUCAGUAGAGUUUCUGAAAGGAUCGGUGUUAGGUAUGGUACAUUGAAUUUUAUUAUAGUAUCUAUAAAUGAUAAAAAAUUGCAUAAAUUAUGCUCGAGUCUGUCUCUCCACUAAUUGAAUGUAUCAUUUAAGAAAAUAAUCUGCAAGUUUUAAAAUGCAAUGUUUGUUAGUGGUAGAUAGUAGAUUUUAAAGAAUCUAAAAAGAGUUUUUUAAAUGUAUACAUUAAAUUUGUCAUCUAAUUUCUCUGAACGUUCAUUCCUGUGGGAUUCCUGAUAUUUUUUAUUGGACUUGAUAUAUCUUCUCAUGAUCCUUGCUGGCUGUAACUCUUUUGCCUUUUGAUAUUGUUAAAUACAAAUGUAAUGCACAGUCUUAUAACUAUAUAUUAUUAUUUUAUUAUUUAUAUAGCGCCAUUAAAUUCUGUAGCACUGUACAAUGGGUGGACUAACAUACAUGUAAUUGUAACCAGACAACUGGACGUACUAGAACAGAGAGGGGGAGGGCCCUGCUCAAUGAGCUUACAUUAUAGAGGGUAUAUCUAAACCUUUCAAAAGCCUUCGAUGUCCCUUUUUCAAAAAAGUGACUUUCAAUUAAAAAGAUGCAACUGCAGUUACCACAACCCUAUUGAAAACAUUUUAAAACAUUUUUACUAAUUAAAUCUUUAUUAUGCCUAUUGAAGUUUAAACGGCAAAAUGUUUGUUGUUAAGCUAUAUAGUAGGCGGUGCACAGGAUGUCAUGUGACAGUCUCCAGCUAAUUAGGUUUGUUGUUAAAAUGGCUUGAAGCCAGUGACACAUUUUUAUAAAAUCAUAAAUGAGGCAUAAUGGAAUAAAAUGCACUUUAUUGAAUAUUAUAAAAUAAUAUUGGAAACAUAUUUUACUGUACACCUAUAGUUUUAAAAAGAGAGCUGUUGCUCCUCUGGAAAUUACACCAUUUCAUAAAGCACUGAAAAUUACCUUUAACUCGUGUUAACAGUUUUCACGUAAUGCCUUUUUCAUUUUAAAUGUAUAUUAAAAGAUUUAGUAAGUGAUAUUCAAGUUAAAGGGACACACAUUAUUUGACAAUUAUUUUUUUAACCAAGCAAGCAAACACUUAUAUACAAAAAUAUACAAACCAAACUAAAGCAAGUAAAAAUUUAGGUAUGUAAUAAACACUUAUAAACUUACUAUAAACUUGUUGUGGAAAUAAGGUCUGCACAUAUUUCCUAGUUAGUAAAAAUGUCUAUUUACUCAUUUCACGAUACAUUACAUAAAAAUUAUGCACACAUGUUUUAAUCAAGAUGGCUGCUAGAAGCUUCUAACCCCUCCUCCCCUCCCCUUUAACACCGACUAACUACCUCGUGCAGCAAGAUGGCGCCGGGAAACCGUGGGAGACCCUCAUGGUCCUGGUGACAUCACCCUUAGUAGGCAGAGCAUUAGGAAGACCACUUAACACCUAACCAAUUAUUGAUGUAUUAUUCCAUGUUAUCUCUGACAAUGCUUAUGAUUUAAUUCUGCUUUAAAAGGGACCUGCCGUCCCCUCUGAAUAAACAUUCCUCAAGUUAUUCAACAACCUGGAACCUGUGUUUGGUGUGAAUUACUUCAGGGAGCGUGCACGCAUUGUUUCAUUGAUUUGGCUAGGGGCAGAUACACAAAGAAAUAAUCAAUACUUUGAUAGAUUUUUCCAUUUCAAAACUAUUGCAUUAUCUGCACACAUCUCAAUUAGGGGAGUUUCUUCAGCCUCUCUCAACCCCUUACGCACCUAUCUCCAUUUUAGACCAGUCCACUAAUGACAGAAAGGGGCAUCAUUGUGCAGCAUCAGGAGAGGGAAACCUAAUAUCAGUGCCUGCUCUGCAUAAUCACACUGAUCAGAUGCCAUCUCUUCUCCCGCAUCAGGAUGUAGCAAGCUGAAGAGAUCUACCAACUGCAAUGUGUAAAUCUGUCAGCCAUGCCUAAUGCACUUUGCAGCAUUCUUAGGAAUAGGACAGUGACUGGUUAUAUCAUUGUUUCCUCAGGAGUGGGUGUGGAAAGCGUAAGAAAGAAGAAGCAGUCAAACAAGAAGAAAAAUCGUCCUGCUUUUCUCAGCCUACAGAGUGAGGCAACUGUUUCAUUCAAACUUCAAGCUUUUGAAUGAGACGGUUGUCUCAAAGUGAUGCUUGUCCAUGCACAACCAGGCAACACAAUGAGGAUGAAAACCGGAACACUUUAAGUAGUGGUUAUAGUGCCAGGAGUGCCCUGACACUCCCCUCCCCCCAGUGGAAGUAGUCAUGUGUUAGCUAGUGGUUUGAUUUUUUUUUUUUUUAUGUGGGAUCAGGGCUCUACUCCCUGCUUCUUUGCAGCUGGUAGUUCUCUUCACUGAGCCAAGCCUGUCGGCACAUUGACUGAGCGCAAUUAGGUGAUACUCUUAGCCAAUGUGGUGUCUCUUCAUGGCAGGGCUUAGCUCAGGAGAGCUAAUAGAACUCCCAGCUCUCACAUCCAGGUGCAGAGAACAUUGCCCCUUUGGAGGUGACUACAGUAAAGCAUUAAUUUGAGGAGUCUCUGGAAGCUGUUUAAAUAGUACAUAUUGCAGUUAGCAUGUUUAUUUCUCUUAUUAAAAUAGCAUAGGACUCACAAAUAUUGAGGUACUGUGGUAUAAUAGUGGGCAUAACACGACAAGGCCAUAUGGUGUAACCAAAUCCCCAUGUUUAGUUGCUAAAUUUUUCCUAAGAUAGGUCGUUUUGUAAAGUAAAAACGUUAUUUAUUUUAUUUGUGCAUGUUCGAUGAACAUUUCAACUCAUUAAAAUAGUUAAGGUGUCUGGAGUUCCCAAGCAUCAUCCCUUUUUAUUGUUAAACUAUUUCCAAACCAUGUAACAGUGAAUGGGGAUGCCACAGCAUCUUCAGCCCAGACAUCUUUAAUACCAAUUAAUACCCGAGAUACUGGCAGUGCCAGGCUGAGGGUGCUCAUCUAACAUUCUCUGCAUAUCAUUGGUAUGAUUUAGUAUCAAUGGAAACAAACACGUAUGAUUUUAUCAACCAUAUGGUAUCUGCAGAAAAUUGUGCAUGUUAAAUGUGUGAUUCACUGCAUAGCUCUAUGCUUUAAAAGGCAUGUUUAUAAUUUGUCAACAGAAAUUCUAAUAAAUAAGUAGAACUUUGUUUUCCUGUAUUUUAGAUCUACCAAUAUUGUCUGAAAGUAUUGAUGUGGUAAUUUCUGAUAUCCCAUUUGGAAAAAAGUUUGCAUCCUCUAAAAACAUGAAAGAGCUGCUUCCUGAAAUCCUUUGUGAAAUGGAGAGGUAUGUAAAUUAUAUUGUAUCUUAUGCUGUAAAUUAUUUUUUUGUCAAUAACACUUUAUUUACUAAACUCUGGGCUUUGAAACUGAUUUAGUCUUAAUGGAACAGCCCCAAACCCACACAUACCCACACAUAUUUAAAAUGCACUGUUUAGUAUAUAUAUCUCCAAUGAAAACAUUAAUUUAUUCAUAUAUAGAUUUUGUAAUUGGGGUUAUAUCUAAAAACAGCUUGUAAAAGCUACAGAUCUCUUGACUGCAGCCUUUGCAAGACCAACUCAUUUUUACCAGGACAGAUGAAAAGUGUUCUGGCGAAUACUACAAUCAGAUGCUUCUCAUUAAGUUUCUUUCCCAUGCUCCUUGGUGAUCUGAAAAGCAGCUUAUUGAAAAGGGGAAUACAAAGUUGAGGGUGUGUGGACUAUGUAUGUGCAGCUUGUUUUUUUUUUUUUUUUUUAAUGUAUGUAAAUAUUUUAUUUAGCUUCACUCCUGAUUACCUUUUGUAAAACUCUAAUGCACUAUUUCCUGGCGGUCCAGUGGGCUGCUAGAAUCCAUGGUGGUCCGGUGCGCUGCGAUAGCGGUCAGUGGCUUCUAGGCAAUGCUCGCUGUCUAGGGAAAGUGCCUGCCAUGAGUAUGUAUAGCACACAUUCACAGCAGGUGCACAUCUUAGGAUCUUGCAAUGUCACUGAUGACAUCACAAGAUUGUUUUAUUGUGUAUGUGCAGUACAGUUUUCUGUGAUCCCUAGAGAUAAGACACUGAUAGGUUAGAUGUGUGUUAACGUAUUGGUGGAAGUGGAAAGCUUGUAAAUAUGAAAAAGAGAGAGAAAGCAUGGCCAAGGGGAGGUCCGGAGCAGCCUAUCCAAGACCAAAGAGGCCAAACUCAUGCAUGAUUACAUGUCUGACACAAACUUAAUACACGCCACUAGGCAAAAUAUGCAGUGAAAUAUAUAAUAGGUGGUAGCUCAAAAUGUCAUUUAUUGACCCUGGAUUGCUCCAGUAUAAUGUGCACUACUUUGUAGUUAUCACAAUUUUAAAAUUCUGUAUACGUAGUAAACUAGUAUGUAGCAAAUUAAAUUAGUACUCAUCGAUCAGUAAAGUAUUGCACAAGAUGAUUGUAUAUUCCUGGAACAAUAAUUCAUUGGAUUUGUAGUGAAUUAGUCCUAUUGCAUUAUUGGUUUUGGAUGGAAGGAUGGGUGCCUCAGUUCUCUCUUAUCUGCUUUUGCAGAGUCGUCCGCAUUGGAGGGAUUAUUGUGCUACUCCUCAGCCAAAGCCUUCAUCAUCACCUGAAAGCACACUUUCAGUUCAAAGAUGUUAAAAAUGGAAGCACUGCCAGAACGGAGAAUGAUUUGCUUCAAAAAGAUAAAAAUGAAAUGGCUUCAAAUAAAAAAGAUAUUGUUAUGAAAACAGAUUACUUUGAGUCUUUGGUUCCUAUAGAGGCCCAUCCAGUGAGCCUUGGAGUGACGGAAGCAAUAAUAUUUAAAUGCAAAAAGCUAUCAAACCCAUGACUUUCUAAUCUCUUCAAAUGACCUGGAAUAAACGUAUUAUGCUUUUAGUCAAAUAUGCUAUUUAUCCAUUGCCAACAAAAUUCUACAGUUAGUGACUGUCCGUGUUUGCCAUUUUCAUUGUAGUCAUAUCUCAUUGGUGGACUUUACAUUUAUUUGAACAACACGGGCUGGUGGAUUAAUAUAUGAUCAUGGAAUGUCUUAAUUUUAGUGGCUGGUGCUUUGGAAACUCAAAAUACAAAUUAUUUGUAGGGCACCAUAUUCCCAGGCUUGGGAACUCACGUGAAGUGUUGUACCUCCAAUUGCAUUACAUUCCUUGAAACAAAUUGAGAAUAGACAUAAAUUUGUUCAUUCUUUUUGCUCUUUUUUUUUUUUUUUUAUAAAUGUAUGCCCCAAUGUAUUUUUAUACUUUAAUAAACAUCAACCCUUAUAUGUAGCAAAGUCACUAAUUUGCCAGGAAAUAACUAUUGUUUGAGAUGUUGGAUAUUAACAUUCUUUGCUAAAAAAAAAA